AUGGCAUCUACCCGACCACAACUGCUGUCUGAUCAAUCUUCCGAUACAGAGCCUAUGUGGCAGGGUUAUGAUGAUGCGCUAGUCCCUGUAUUACAGAUGCAAUCAAUAUUAAAAGGCCUAUGCAGACCGACUUAUGCUACCAUCACCAAACUACAUUGCAAGAAGAUUAAAGUGAUGGGAAACAGAGCAUAAGCAUCUGUAAGAUCUAAUGGAGGCUGACUUCAAUGUUGUGUCCUAAAAGGUACUUGAUUUGGAAGACUGUAAGGCUCAGAGGAUGUGACUUUCCAAAAUCCACCACUUUCUUGGGCUACAUAUGCAUUUUCAAGGCCAACUUUCCUUUGAUAGCCAACCCCUCCUGCUGGAUUGAGUUCAUAGGCUUUCCAAGCCAAAGAAACUCUCGUCAGUGCUUGUAAGAGAUACCAUGGUGCGGGCCCUACAUGGAACUGUCACUGCUGAAAUUUCGGUCUUGUCGCUGCAAAUAACGGUGACCAAAGCCCUACGCAACCAUAUAUAUCUCUACAGGUUGGGCUUUCCGAUCAACCUGCUAGUGCAUUGAAAUGAUACCCUCAUAGUUCUCAAAUCUCUAGAGAGGGGCUUGCCCAAUUGGCAGAUCCUACCUAGCCCAUAUCCAACACGACUCAGAUCGGCCUCACACAGGAAGGUUCUACCGGAGUAUCAGAGUAGGAGUCUUUUCUUGAAAACACUGUUACCCAGCCUAUGGGCUAGCUCCAUCUACGUAGUUACUGGUCUGCUACCUUCAAGUUUCUUCCCUUUUUUGUUUUUGUUUUUAUGUUUGUUAAAUGUCUAGUUUCUUUUUAACCCCUUAAGGACGGAGCCAAAGGUACACGUUGUGAACGAAACAAAAUGUAAACAAAACCUGGCAUUUGCGCUACAUGUCUGUCCAACUGUAAUUCACCUCUUUCAUAUUAAAUGCACCCACCCUUAUUAUAUAUCAUUUUAUUCAGGGGAAACAGGGCUUUCAUUUAAUAUCAAAUAAUUGGCUAUGAAACAUAAUUUAAUAUGAAAAAAAUGGGAGAAAAUAAGAAUUUUUAUUUUUUUACUUUUUUUAGUUCUACAUGACAUUUUAACUGUCAAUGUCCUAAUACUGUUUGCUUUUACUGCAAUAAAAUACACAUAUUUGUAUUCAGUGAUGUCUCACGUGUAAAACAGUACCCCCUAUGUACAGGUUUUAUGGCGUUUUGGGACGUUACAGGGUCAAAUAUAGCACGUUACAUUUGAAAUUGAAAUUCGCCAGAUUGGGUACGUUGCCUUUGGGACUUUAUAGUAGCCCAGGAAUUAAAUUUACACCCAUAAUGGCAUACCAUUUGCAAUAGUAGACAACCCAAGGUAUUGCAAAUGGGGUAAGUCCAAAGUCCAACAUUCUUAUUUAGGGACUCCACCCACCACGCAGGGAUGGGGGCCGGGGGGGACGGACGGACUGUAGGUUCCCCCAACCUCCCCUCCCCCCACAUUCUUUGGAAUUUUCCCACGCUGUGUAAUUUGACUCCUAACACUCUGGUUGGCUUAAAAAUCUAACCAAUCAGAGUGUUAUGAAUCAAAUUACAUAGCAUGGAAAAUUCCAAAGAACUUUCCCACGCUGUGUAAAAUGACAUAGGACAUUCUUCUUUACGACCCCACCCCCCUUCCGCCGCACGGAGGCCGGGAUAACAGAAAAGUAGGUUCAACCUCCCCCCCCCCCAUUCUUGUUUAAAGCCCCCACCACAUGGGGGGCUUAGGAAGUGGUGGGGACAAGGAGGGAGCUGCGCGCUGGUAGCUCCCUCCUUGUAAUAAACUGAACGUACAAAAGAACACUGAUAUUCAGUGUUUGUUUGUUCGUCUGACAUUUCUAGUCAUUCAUUCAUCUUUCUGACGAAUGGAUGAAAUUCCUGUUCGCAUGCCCAAGUGUUUAACUGGGCAUGUGCGGGAAUCUCACAGUACUAUCUAGUGUGGGCAGAUGAUGUGUCCCACAGGGACUUCAUCUACCCACACAAGGAUGGCUCGGGGCAGAAAAUAAAGUUAAAAAAAUAGGUAAUGUGGGGGGCUUACGGGCAUUUGGGGGUGACUAAGGCGUCAGUUAGAUGUAGUAGAGUCGAGAGUGGGGUUUAAAAAAAGAAAAAAGGGGAUUCGGCCAUGACAUUGCCACUUUAAACCUAUUAUUCCCAAGGUAACUAUGCAGGUAAACUAGUGGCGGCCAAAUUAAAAACUGAUAUUUUUGGCUGGGGCAGCAAACUAACCAUCCCUGACCAUUAUUGCCAAUGAGCUAGAUAAUUUCUGUAGUAAUCUCUACAAAUUGAGAAACUACACCACCACUAUCUACCCAAACACAGAUAUAGAAGCCUUUUAGACUUUGUAUCCCUCCAAAUCAUUACACUAUCGCAGGAGGUACUUCAAGUCCUCAAAAUGCUGCACCAUAACCAAAUGUUUUUACAAACUUACAAUGUCAGAUUCGGAGAUCUACGCUUACCGGACCACUUAAAUUAUUUUCUUUUUUCUCUUUGGGUUAUAUUCUUCAUGAACUCUUAAAACACACAUUAUCAUACCAAAACCAGGAAAUUCACCAGAUAAUAGAUCAAAAUUCAGACCCAUCUCCUUGUAAAAUUCAGAUCUUUAUGCUAAACUCCUAGCCUGCUGUUUGAACGCCCUCCUGCCUUACCUAGUAUCCACAGUGCAAGACCAGCUUUGUCACGAACCACCAAGCAGGAACAAUACCAGGAGCCUCCUUACAUAGAAACAUAGUAUGUGACGGUAGAUAAGAACCAUUCGGCCCAUCUAGUCUGCCCAAUUUUCUAAAUACUUUCAUUAGUCCCUGGCCUUAUCUUAUAGUUAGGAUAGCCUUAUGCCUAUCCAAUGCAUGCUUAAACUCCUUUACUGUGUUAACCUCUACCACUUCAGCUGGAAGGCUAUUCCAUGCAUCCACUACCCUCUCAGUAAAGUAAUACUUACUGAUAUUAUUUUUAAACCUUUGUCCCUCUAAUUUAAGACUGUCCUCUUGUAGUUUUUCUUCUUUUAAAUAUAGUUUCCUUUACUGUGUUGAUUCCUUCUAUGUAUUUAAAUGUUUCUAUCAUAUCCCCCUGUCUCAUCUUUCCUCCAAGCUAUACAUGUUAAGAUCCAUCUAACCUUUCCUGGUAAGUUUUAUCCCGCAAUCCAUGAACAGUUUAGUAGCCCUUCUCUAAACUCUCUCCAAAGUAUCAAUAUCCUUCUGAAGAUACGAUCUCCAGUACUGCAUUCAAUACUCCAAGUGAGGUUUCCCCAGUGCUCUGUACAAUGGCAUGAACACUUCCUUCUUUUUACUGCUAAUACCUGUCCCUAUACAACCAAGCGUUCUGCUCAGGAUUUUCUGCUGCUCUAUUACAUUGUCUACUUACCUUUUAAGUCAUCUGAAAUAAUUACCCUGAAAUGUCUUUCCUCAGAUGUUGAAGUUAGGACUCUGUCAAAUAUUCUGUACUCUGCCCUUGGGUUUUUACGUCCAAGGUGCAUUAUCUUGCACUUAUCCACAUUAAAUGUCAAUUGCCACAACUCUGGCCAUUUUUCUAGUUUACUUAAAUCAUUUGCUAUUUGGAUUAUCCCUCCUGGAACAUCAAACCUGUUACAUAUAUUAGGAUCAUCAGCAAAAAGACAUACCUUGCCAUCAAGACCUUCUGCAAUAUCACUAAUAAAAAUAUUAAAGAGAAUGGGUCCAAGUACAGAUCCCUGAGGUACCCCACUGGUGACAAGCCCAUGCUUCGAAUAUACGCCAUUGACUACAACCAUCUGUUGCCUGUCACUCAGCCACUGCCUUACCUAUUCAACAAUAUUGGAAUCCAAACUUAAUGAUUGUAGUUUAUUGAUAAGCCUUCUAUGUGCAACAGUAUCAAGUCUUACUGAAAUCUUGGUAAGCAAUGUUUACUGCACCACCCUGAUCUAGUAUUUGUUACUCAAUCAAAAAAAUCAAUUAGCUUAGUUUGGCACGAUCUCCCUGAAUAAACCCAUGUCUGUGAUCUUGAAAUCCAUGUGAUUUUAGAUGUUCAACAAUCCUAUCCUUUAACAUGGUUUCCAUUACUUUCCCCACUACUGAAGUAAGGCUUACUGGUCGAUAACCUACUGGAGUAUCUGACUUGCUCUUAAUGCCUUAAUGGCAUUUGAUCGCCUCAAAUGGUCAUUUAUGUAAAUUGCUGGGCAGAUUAGACAAAUGUACUAAAAUUUGCUGAGCCCCCAUACGGUGGUACAUGCCAAAUUUAAAUCAGUGCGUUUAGUUAUCUCUGCAGCCCUUUUCUAUUAGUCCUUUUACUCAUCUGGAUUAAUAUUAGAGAUCACCACCCAUAUUAUUGCAUGUACAUGUGGACCAUGUAAUAUCUGCUAUUGAGGUCAUUGUACCUAUGUUAUGCAUGUUGGAUUGUCAAGCAUACCAUGCAUGUUUACAUUUAAAAAAUAAAUAUAUGCAGGGUGACCCAUUCACAUUCUGGGCAAAAUGCCUCCCAUUCUCUGUAGAGAUUAUGGAAUGAGGUACCUGCAACAGUUCGCACAGAUUACUGCAGCUAAAAGUCUACAAAGUCAUUCUUCUGUGUCACAGGGGAAGCGUCUCAUUCUCUGCAAGUACAAUCCGGAGAGGUAGAACAGCUGAAGUUACUGUUCGUUGCAGUUCAGCUUUCUAUAGAAGAAAGCUAGUCAUUGAAUUACAUCUCCUAGAUAAUCCUUCUGAGUAGCACUAUUAUAGAAAGUUAUAUGAACGUCGGAUAAGCAGAAUGCACUCCAUUGUCUGUGCAGAGCACCCUGCAGGAGCUGAAAAUCUAGGUAUUUCAACACAUGCAUUAACUACGAAUGUGAGUUACUUUAAUCUUAAAAUUGCUACUGCUUACUAGAAAUGUUUUCCAGAAUAAUGUAUUCUGCUUAAUAAAGUGUGAACCUUACAUUGAGAUAUUGUCUUGGAAAACACAUAAACAGAAAAUCAAUUUCAUGGAGAGAAAUGAACACAUUUCGUAGAUGUCAGGGCUCAUGUAAACAAGUCAGCAAUGUUAGUAGCUAAGGCGCUCUAUAAAGACCCUCAACAUUUACCUAAGAUGCAGUUGUACAAGCAAGCAACUGAUGAUUCAAAAGUACAGAAACUGUACGGAAAACUAAUAAAAAUGAAUCUUCAUAAGGGAUUACUUUGGAUUUGGUUAUUUCUUGGAGGACAAUAUGAUGUGAAUCAAAAAAACAUAAAUCGUGCUGGAGACUUUUUUUUUAAUCUGGGUGGAGAGGUCCAAAACAAACUGAACUGUUUUUGGGUUGUACAUGUCCAGGGGAAUACACAAAUGUAGUUUUUAAAAUCUAUAAAUAUCAGGCCUCACACUUUUACCUUUCAACUUAAUUGUUCUUGGAAGCUUCCUCAGACGCUUUGGUUUUUAUUCAAGGGUGCAUGCAAUAUGGAGCAGAACAUUGACUUUUUCUUGGAAUUAGAAAGUGGAAAAUUGACUGCUAAAGGCAUGGGAGGAGAUGAAUGGACUAAUCAUUGCAGUGUGGUGGGAUGUACUAAUCCUGGCAAUGGGUAGGGAGAGAAUGGGCUUAUGGUAAUGUAAGAGACGUGGGGAGAAUUAGCUUUUCCUGGCAACAAGAGGGCGUAUGAGAAAAUAUGAAGCAGCUAUGCUUCUAUAUGCAAUAAGAGGGUGGGGGAAAUGUGCUACAAUUAACAUAGGGGAUCUUUCAGAAACAGAAGUGUAAGAAUGAGUUUCUGACCUGUAGAUGUCAAUUGGGUGCAGAUAUGCUUCAUUCAUACAUUGACCCUCGAUGCAGAAAAUUUGUAUGUUCCCCUCAGUUCUAAUGCACCCCAAUAUAAAUACACAGACACUCCAUAAUCUGUAUGUUACUCCUGGAACAUUUACCUCUGCAUUCACAUUUGCAGUGUACAAAAAAUGUCUGCAUAUUCGAGGGAGCAAGUCAUUGUUUUGGUUUGGCUAACCAAUAAACAAUUGAAUGAGUCCUGUCAGUAUAAACCUGUAAACGAGUUAAAAACUCGUGAAGAUGGUUUAAAAAUGGGCCCCGAUUAGGUAGGUAAAGCCAUGUUUUCUAUUUUUCUGUGUGUACCAGGGUAUUUAAAUUAAAAUCACAGUGGAACCUCAGAACUCAAACUUAAUCCGUUCCAGAACGCUGUUCUACUUCCGAUUUUGUUCGAGAACCGACAUUUCCCUUAAUUCAUGUAAAUUUGACUAAUCCGUUCCAGACUACCAAAAUUACAGCAUUUUUAAUACAAAUUUCACAAAUUAAUAAUGCCUUGCAUGCAUACAAUCAUAACGGAAAAAAUUAUAAACACAAUGUACAGUAAAUUAAAUGAAAAGUUCACUUUACCUGUAAUUAUGAGAGUUGAUGGCGUAAGUGGAAAGGAGAAGAUAUAUUAUUGUUUGGAUGGAGAUAGGUAACUGUUCUUCUGGCAUUUAAAAUGUGUCUAAAGUGUAUCUAAUUGACCAUGUUUGUGGCAUAAUUUGUUCGGUACAGAGGUUCGUUUGCAACAUUUUUUUACUGAAAAUCUUUUAGUCUGCCGAAUUGUUCGAGUUCCGAGGUUCCACUGUACAAGAUGAAUUGGGAUAUAUUGGGCUUAACUGCUCAAUUCACUGCCAUUUCACUUUUUGUUUCUGUUUAUAUAGCUCUGUCCUCCCCUAUGACCUGUAGUUUCCCUACAUAUUUCCUGAAACAAAAAUCUAAUAUUAAAUAUUAAUUUACUGUACGGUCUUUCAUUCUGAAUGUAUUCUUGCUUUAAUAGCCUGUUGGAGCCUACAGGAGCUUCCUGUCUGUAAUUAAAGUUCAAUUAGCAGACUAGGAAAUAAAACACCAAUUGCAUCUGAGAAUUAAUCCAUCUUUGCUUGUCACUGUGACUUACAGCCAGUAGAGGUGUGUCUAGGGCAUAAUGACUGGGUUACAUUUCAGUAUUGGAUAAGACCUUUUUGUGUCAUUUUACCCCAAUCCCUCUAGCAUGUCAGCUCAUAGAGCAGGGCCCUCAACCCCUCUGUUCCUGUGUGUCCAACUUGUCUGGUUACAACUACAUGUCUGUUCGUCCACCCACUGUAAGCGCUGCAGAAUUUGAUGGCGCUAUAUAAAUAACAUAAUAAUAAUAAUGAACGGAGAGAAAACAAAGGUGGUGGUGAAUAGAUGCAAAGAUUUCAAUCCGAUGCAUAUACGCCCAUAAAUACAUAGAAGAAAUGUAAAAAAUUAUGUAAAUGGCUGAUACUUUUCUAGGGUACCCAAGCCAGUUUUUACUGUUUAAGGGGUGUAGGGGUCUUAUACUGUGAAUCUUUAGGGCACUGAAGACCAAGCAAAUGAGGUAUUCAUUGGCUGAGAAAACAAAAAUCCUAAACUAAUAUUUUAUGUAUGUGUAUUUUUGUUUCUCUUAAGAUAUAGAAUGCACUCGUAGUAAAAUGGAUAUUGCAGAAAAUACUUCAAGCUCUCUUCUAGAGUCAAGUGUUAACCUGACAGACUCAUGCUUACAAGGUUAGUAUCUUUCAAUAUUGUGCUAGUUUGGCAACACCCGGGUGGAAAAAAAACAAACUCCUAUAUUAAACACAUUCCUGUUUAAUCUAAUUGGAUUUGUAAUAAGGCUGUUAUUUCCUUAAUUCCAGAAAAUGUUCUAAAUACAUUUACAGACCUCCAAGGGAAGACUUGAGCUCCCUUCCUUUUUAAUGUAUUUUAGAGGUAAUGCUUUACAAACAAAAUGGAUCUGUUGUUCCAUGAGCAAAGUCGACACCAACCAGAAAAUAGCUGUAAUAUGCUGUGAUAACUUUCCAUAACGUUUUAUUUAUUUAUUUAUUUUUUAGCGUUUUUUACUUGAUGGGCAUUACUUCCUUAUUCACAGACUGACAAACUAUGUUUUAGACUUUUUUUUUUUUCUCCCUCCAGGCCUCCCCUAUAGGUGAAUAUAAUGGCAGCACACAUUGUAUGUAAAACUAUCUUUUAAAAUGGAAGCGCUGUAUAAUCAAAAUAAACCCUAUGGCCAGCAGGAGUUUAUGAACAGCAGGCCACAUACAUUUACCUUUGACAGCAUGACGGCUGUAAUUUUUCACAUAUGUUUUUGGAAAAAAAUAUGAAUCAGAGUGGUUAAGCUAUUUAUUUAUUUUCCUGCUUUUGCAACAUUUUAAUGACCCUAGAUGUGACCGGUCUGCCAUUAUAUCAUAGGGUUUUUCCCUCUCCAGGAUGGUCUACAAAAGCAUCCCCAGCUGAUGCAGUGCUUUGCGACCCUUAACAACCUGCUUACUUAAAGCAUGCAGAACAGUAGGAAAUGUGCAAUAUUAAACUCUAUAGAUGACCAAUGCAUUCUGAACAUUUUUUUUUUCCCUCUAGUAUUUAUAGUAUUUACAUUUUUAAAGGUGCAACUCUCAGGGGAUGUAAUUGAAACCACUAGAAGUUUCUUGUGGAUUGCCUCACUUCUAAAAUGUUGUGUCAAAAUUGUUUUUAGUGCUUCACCCUCCAAAUUUUUUAAAUUACCUUUUGAUGCUUUUGCUUUUUAAAAAAAAAAUAAUUACUAAAAUGGAAAAAAAUGAUACAUGGUUUUUCAUUUUUAGAUUCUUUAUCUGACAUACAGAUGGCAAACAUAUCCCAGCUAGAACUUUCCGAGACAGAUCUCCAAGAUUCCUCUUCGUCAAUGAUAGUUGAUCAUGGUAAUCCACGGUUUCUUAGUUCUAUUUAUUUUUUAUUUCUAUGGUGACAACAAAUUUUGCAACUGUGAUCAGUUAUAUUGGUAAAAUGGCAGAACUUUUGCCAGACGCAAACCACUACUAUAAUUUCUGUGCAUUGCUGGCAUUUUUUGAAUACCAAAGUACAUAAACCUCUUAUUGCAUACAACUUGUAUGCUUUGUAUCUAUACUGUAUGAUGUUGCAUUAAUUGUAAGACUUGUUAAAAAACAUUUUGGAGUGGUUUGUUUGAACAUAUUCUUUUCAAACCGCAGUUGAACGAAUCGAUCCCUGUGGGACAUACCUGUCGAGUUUUUUAAAAGGAAUUUGAUUUAGACAAACCGCUCCAAACUAAUUUUUGACCAAGUCUAUUAAAAAUAUGCAAUAAAAAUAAUCUAAACUAUACGUUUCUGUAUUUGAUUUUGGUAUUGACAAUAAAAUUAUUGAAUGGAUCUUUUGGCAUAAUGUAAAUGUAUAGCUGCUUUUUUGUGUUAAAAUUAUUAAAUCGACCAGCAGUAAUUUCAUAAAUAAAUGUUAGGAACACUAUGUGGGUGUCAAUUUGUUGGACAACAGAUAAUUUUAAUUUCAUGUUUUAAACCUCUUCUUUGGAUUUUUGGGAUAGAAUGAUUACUCUCCUUCAUGAAUAACUGCACAUCUACAAACCCAAGCAGUAUCUUAAGUUUACCUAUAAUUUAGUGGCCCUUUUAUAUAUUCACAUAUUAUUACUGAUUAUAAUACAGGUUAUGUUGUAUGGGAUCUUUAAUUGUUGCAUAUUUAUAUUGUAAAUAGGCUACCUGUCUGAGCAGACUAUGGAUGAGAAAGAUCAAUCUUUAUUUGAAGAGGCUUUUAAAAAUGAGAAGGAUCAGGGUAAGGACUUAAUUGCAUAUUUGUUAACCCCCCCCUCCCAAUAUAUAUAAUUUUAAUUAUUUUUUUUAGAGAGAUUUUGUUCACUAAUUGUAUUGUAUAGAAGGGAUAAGAUUUUCCUUCAACUGUAAACUGGUCAAUUACACAAAUAAAACCCCUCAAAUAAUUAAAAUUAUACGAUCUUGUUAUAAUUGACAAGGUAUUUGUCCUUUAAGUUUAAUUGAAAGGUAAGAAUUUUAAUUUCUGUAGACUAUAAAAAUGUAAAACAACUCCUACCCCGUCACAGCUAAGCAUUUGUCAUUUGACCUGUAUAUAGUUUUUGUUUUCCUCCUCAUGGUACAAUGGUGAGAACAACAUCCAACAUUUGGACACCUUUCUACAGUGCAAUUUCUUAUGUUCUUAUGAGAAACACAAAACAAUUUGCAAAUAUUGUCAAAGAAAUAGGCUUUUCCAUAUGCUACCAGGAUGGCAGCCCCCCCACUACUGAAGGAAUAUGAGCCAAUUCCAUUAAAACUUCAUGUACUGUUUAAAGGCCUGGGGCGAACGUACAUUUUCAACACAUUUACAGUCAUAUCAAUGACUAGUGGCUUCUGGCAGAGACAUUCCCCUACAAGCUGGUAAUUAGAACUAGAGUAUAAAUAAGGGUAAGUGAGGCUUUGUAGACCAGAUAUCUUAUUGCAAAAUACAUGAAAAUACAAAUGUUUAUGCUCAAUUUUGGUAUUGAAGGUGUUUGAUAAGCUGGACUAAGUAAGACCUCCUAAACACCCCUAAAGCACUUCAGCACACAUGUGCUUUAGGGGUCUGUGUCUCUCUGUAAUGUAAAUGGCGUCCUUUUCUCUGUUUGGUACAAUGGAUUAAAGGUGACAAAAUGUUCUAUGUUGAUGGUUUAUUUUGCGUUUUAUUGUUUUUGAGGAGGUUAACUGUUCUGUACAGGCAAUAACGGUUUGUUAGAGUUCACAUGUCUUUAACAUACCCAGACCUUGUGGUUUAAUUGAUAACAAAAUAGGUUUAAAUAGUUUUACUUUUAUUACAUGCAUAAUACUUUUGUACACCGUGCAGUGGGGGGGUGGGAGUCAGAGGGGGAUGGAAGAGACAUGAACUUUGUGGGGGCGGGCGGGGGGGGUUGUUUUAUUUCCACGUGGCUUAAAUUAUGGAAAUUUUGCAUCUCUAGCUUUGACUAGAGGCGAGUUAGAGAAUCUGCUAUGUUUGCAUCCAUUUUAAAUUCCCUUCUUUUGACUAAACUGGUAAUUUUCAUUCCCACAUAACUUUUCCCAUAGGUCCUCCAUGUUGUCCUCUGAGACCAUGUUCAGUAGAAAUUCAGGUUGAGAGUUUGUUUUUAAUUAAGAGACUGAAAAUACAAUUUGUUAUUCAUUAAUUAAGGAACCGGUGACUGAUCUGUCAAUUUGCAGGUUUUGCUUUUAAAACAACCUUUUUCUUGUCGUCCUUUUGCCUUGUUUUAAUUUAUUGUAAUUUACAGAAAAUGAGAACAAGCAAAAACCCAUAGAAUCCCUGUGCACAAGAGAAAACGCAACCCUGGACGAUCAUUUCAGCCUUUGUUGGGUCUCGUCAGCGAGGUGUAGCUGAUACUGCUCUAGGCACAGUGAGCAUGGGGUCCAUGUCUGGAUUACCCUUUUAACUUGGGGGAAAACCUAAAUAAAUGCACUGCAACAGAGAAUAUUCGAAAUCUGAGCAUGGAGAAAAGCUCAGAAAAAACUCAGUAGCUUUCCCUGCUGAACCUUUACAAUUUAGUUUCAUAAUGACAGUGACUGUCACUUUGCACACUUUACUUUUAAAAUGAUCAUCUUUUUCCUUGUUUUAAUUUAUUGUAAUUCACCUGUUUUUUUAAUUAUACUUUUAUUUUAAUAUACAAAAACAAAUGUAAGGAUUUUUUUUUUUUCUCGUGGGAAGAGCUGUUUUUGGCAAUGGUUUGAGCUUAAGAUAAUUUACCCAUAAAUCAUCAUUUAAAAGAAUACCACAGAAGGCAACUGAAGACAAGGUACCCAGGUAUUGAGAUCCUGCCCAAGCAAGAAAAUAUAAUAAAGGCAAUUGACAGAGAGGUUAGUAUUUCAUUAUGCUAGGAGCAUAAGGAAAGGAAAACCGAAUGGGAAAGGGGGAAAGCACACACAAACAGGGCUGCAUUAAAGUUGCUCUGUCCCCACUAAUGCUGCACCACUGAGUCUGUAACCAGUUUCCAUGUUGCCUGUACCUGAUCUGUGUUUCUGUGUUCAGCAGCCUGGAGCACAAGGCAUAUAAAAAGUACAUUUGUUUUUAAAUCACUGGUGUUUAAUUUUCUUAAAUCUAAUUUACUACACAGAUGUAUCCAUGUAUGUGGAGUGCUCAUUAGAAGAGGAGGCUGAGAAAGAUGCAAAUAAGCCAAGACCAUUCGAUAUAAACAACAAAACAAAUGAAGGUAUUAAAUCUAUAAUUUUACAGUGAGAAUCCAUAUCAUCUUGUAUCAUGUGUUUUUGUAUGCUUAGUUUUGUGUAGUAUGUGAGUGUAGUCAAGUACGUGUGUUUUUGUUUUUGUUUUGUUUUUUACUUCUUAUCCCUGGUUUUAUUUUCUAAAGGCAACUUUUUUUUUUUACCCAGACUCUGAAUUUGAGCUUUUGUACUUUUGUGUUCCCUGCAGAUUUAUCAGAUGAUACAGAGUGCCGAGAAGCCGUAGAAAAUGUUCAUAACAUGUACAAGGACAUUGCUUGUCAGCUGACCACAGUCUGUCUAGAAAGGGAGGAUAAUCUAGGUGAGCUGAAUGUUCUGCACCUUCUUGAGGCUCUCUGUGCUCUAGUCACCAAUGCUCUAGGUGUGCUCCUCUCAUUAUUUCUCUUAUGAUUGCACAGACCCCUCUUCCUCCCCCAUCUCAAAAUACAAUAAUUAAAUAUGCCAAGCCUCCCUCUUCAGUAAAUGGAUACGGACACCACAGCUUUAUUAUACAGUUCUAACUUUUCCAUCCAAUCGUUACUCCAAACAUAAACCAGCAUCAAACCAUUGAAUUUAUAAAAUCCCUAAUGUGUCAGCUGCUAGAGCUCCACUUACCAUUCUGGUACUGUCCAGGAACUCAAACCUGCUAGCCCAACAUGUUCAAGAGCUUGAGGGCUGCCCAAGGAAGAAAAGAUCACAACAAGGUACAUAAUGACAAUCUACUGACUCCCACCUUCCCAACCUGCGAAGCUGCUCCUGCUAGAAACCUAGGCGUGAGCCGCAGUGGCCACGCCAAUAUGAAAGUGGAUGAAAAGCUGUACACAACUGCAACAAACAUUUCUUUAAAACACUAGUAAAUUGGAAGCAUGUCAAAGAGGAGCCGUCAACAUGAAACAAAAAUUAAGCAUUGCAGCGGAGAUCUAAACGGAUGUACCUCACUAUGCAAUUAAUAGGCACCUCUACCCUGUGUACCAUCCAUGGGCUUUCUAUGUUAAAGGUGGACCUCCUCCGUAAGAACUUUUGCAUCUUCAUGCGACAAAUGGGAAGGAGCCUUUGAAUUAAGGGUCACUUUCAAAUCCUAUAACUCCAAAGAUUCACCAUCAAACUUAACAUUACUGAAAAAAUAAACUAAAAUCUGUACUUGUUCUUGUUACGUGUGUUUUUACUAGUGUAUGAGGAGUGCUCAAAGCAGGUACCUCCGGAAUCUUUUUAUUUAAAAUGUAUUUGUCUAUCCCACCUAAUGUGGAACUAGUUGUUUUAGAAAACAAGUGUAGUGAAAAGCCAGUAUGGCUGUAAGGAAUACAGUACAAUAAACAUUUUCUGGCAAACUUACCAGUACUUACAGAAAAUCCAGCACCAGUUGCCCUUUUUGUCAGUGAGUGCGCAAGUCAUGUCUGUGAGCCGGAACUUGAAGAUUUAAGAAGUGUGGGUAUUCAGGUUGAGUGUGGUUCAUUGUGUUUAGUUUUGUAUUAUUGGUCAUUCAGUUUAAUUAGUUUGACAAUCUUCUUUCAGAAUACAUUUUCUACAUUUAUUCAGAUGGUAAAAUAUUUCCAAAGUAACGAAUCACUUCCACUUAUGCCUUCUUAUUGUCCAGUAAAAUUCUUCUUUGUUAAACCUUUUCCUUGUGUGUUCCUUGUAUUGAAUAUUAAUUUUUACCAAGUAGGCGCUUCUAUAAAAUGUUUUACUUCCAGAUAUCCCUGAAUCUUCUGAGGACCCAGCACCAGAUAUUGACAAUGACACAAAUCCUAUCUGUGAUCAAGAAACAGUUGAUCUAGAAUUUGUAAACAACCAAGGUGAGUCUCGUUCAGUUGUAUUUUUCCUGUCUGUCAUAAAUAGUAGACAUUUUCUGAACAUUUCUAAUGAUGAUAGCUAUGUGUAUUUGUCACAUUUUCUGUGGUCAGAGCAUGUAGGAUUUUAACCCCUUAAUGACUGAUCCAAAUGUACACGUUGUGAUCAAAACAAAACGUGUUAUGUGCACCCACACUUAUUAUAUAUCAUUUUAUUCAGGGGAAACAGGGCUUUCAUUUAACAUCAAAUAUUUCGAUAUUAAACCUAAUUUAAUAUGAAUAAAAUAUAAAAAAAAAAUGGGAGAAAAUAAGAAUUUAAAUUAUUUUUUUCUCUUUUAGUUUUACGUGACAUUUUAACGGUAAAUGUCAUAAUACUGUUUGCUUUUACUGCAAUAAAAUACACAUUUGUAUUCGGCGAUGUCUCACGUGUAAAACAGUACCCCCCAUUGCACAUGUUUUAUGGUGUUUUGGGAAGUUACAGGGUCAAAUAUAGCAUGUUACAUUUUUCAUUUUUUUCACUUUGAAAUUCGCCAGAUUGGUUACGUUGCCUUUGAGACCGUAUGGUAGCCCAGGAAUGAAAAUUACUCCCAUGAUGGCAUACCAUUUGCAAUAGUAGACAACCCAAGGUAUUGCAAAUGGGGUAUGUACAGUCUUUUUCAGUAGCCACUUGGUCACAAACACUGGCCAAAGUUAGUGUUAAUAUUUGUGUGUGAAAAAUGCAAAAUGUUUUUAUGUAUAGUGAUAAAUACUAAGUAUAUAGAUAUAAUCUUUCUUACUACAUGUGUUUUGAUAUCAAUAUAUUAAUUUUAAAAUACAGUUAGAACGAAUAUACACAUAUAUUUUUAACGUAUUUACAUAUUUAUUUUAUAUAUAAUUAUAUACAGUAUCAUUCUACGUGUAUUUUUAAUAUUAUAUAUAUAUUUUAAAAUACACUUGGACUGUGUGUGUGUGUGUGUAUGUAUGUGUAUAUAUAUAUAUAUAAUUUUUUUAUUUUUUUUAAACUGUAACUUAUUUAUUUUACUAUUUCCAGGCAGCACGGGGAGUACCUGUCAUUACAGGCACUCCCCCUGCUGGCAUUGCUAUGGACGGCUAAGCAGUCCAUAUGAUCGCGAGGUCCUCGCUAUCACAUGGCCCAGGGGCGCCGGAAAGGAAGGAGGGGGACUCUCUGGGCUGCCAGGUGAGUCCCCAUGGUGUGGGAUCGCUGGCAACUGGGUAAGUACAUAGGACGGCUUGGGCGUUUAGAGCCGGUUCCCCAAGGACUGCAUAGAACGCUCACCACCAUCCUUAAGGGGUUAAUUUAUUAUUUUUUUUAAACUUUUUUUUCCAAUUUAUUUUUUAUAUAAUUAUAUAUUUAACGUCAUUCUACGUGUAUUUUAAAAUAUAUUAAUAUUAAAAUACACUUUUAUUAAUGGUUUAUGUAUGUGUUUGUGCAUAUAAAAGUACUUGGAUCAUUAUAUACACCCUGUUCCAAAUUAUUAUGCAAAUUAUAUUUUUCUCAUUUACCUAAAUAAUUGAUGUAAAUAGCAGUCAGCAUAAUUCUCAUUUUAUCAACUAUUAAGAGUACAAUUCAAAUUUUAUUGAACAAACCUCCUAAUGAUAACAGUAUUUUUUUUUUUUUAAACAUAAACUUACAAUGCACUGUUCAGAAUUAUUACGCACAGUAAGUUUCAAAACACUUUAUAGGUUGUAAAGAACUGAAAAUUUUCAUUUGUUGUGUUUGCAGCAUAUUUACUGAAAUCAAAAGCUAUUUCAAUCAAACUUAAAACAACAUUUUAACUUUUUUAAACAUUUUAACAGGUCACGUUACAUUUUAACAUAGGACCCCUUAUUUGAUAGCAGCUUCACAAGUCUUGCAUCCAUUGAACUUGUGAUUUUUUGGACAGUUUCUGCUUGAAUUUGUUUGCAAGAUGUCAGAAUAGAUAUUUUGCUUGAGGAUGCUGCAAAGGUUCUCAAUAGGAUUGAGGUAAGGGGAGGAUGGAGGCCACACGAUGACUUUCUCUCCUUUUAUCCCCAUUGCAGCCAUUGAUGCAGAGGUAUUCUUUGCAGCAUGAGAUGGUGUAUUGUCAUGCAUUAAGAUGAUUUUAUUACGAAAAGCAUAGUUCUUCCUUCUGUACCAGGGAAGUAAGUGGUCAGUCAGAAACUCCACAUACUUUGCAGAGGUCAUCUUUACACCUUUGGGGACCAUAAAGCGGCCGACCAGCUCUCUUCCCAUGAUUCCGGCCCAAAACAUGACGCCACCACCGCCUUGCUGACGUCGCAGCCUUGUUGGAACAGGGUGGCCCUCCACCAACCAUCCACUACUCCAUCCAUCUGGACCACCAUUGGUUAGUGGUGGCCGAAUACAAGGUUUAUGCACAGUUGCAAGACUCUGGAGGACUCUACACCUUGAUGUCCGUGAGACUCCAGUGGCACCAGCAGCUUCAAAUAUCUGUUUGCUGCAAUGUAAUGGUAGUUUAGCAGCUGUUCUCUUGAUGCGAUGCAUGGAUCUGUCUGAAAUCUUCCUCAAUGUGCCUUUAUCUGCACGAACCCGUCUGUGCUCUGAAUCAGCCACAAAUCUCUUAAUUGUGCGAUGAUCACGCUUAAGUUUUCGUGAAAUAUCUAAUGUUUUCAUACCUCGUCCAAGGCAGCAGAGAGAUCAUUUUUCUUCCCGAUAUUGCAUGAAAAUGGUGCUCUGCUUAAUUAACUUUAGUAGUUUUCCGUAAAUUGGGCUCACCUGGCAAUCUAAUUAUCACAGGUGCCAGAGAUUGUUUUCAGCGAUCAAAAGAGCCCUGAGACACAAUGCCAUCCAUGAGUUAAACUUAAAAACAAAAUAUUUAAUCUUUGUGAUACUUGUAUAGAAUUUGCAUAAUAAUUUGGAACAGGGUGUAUAUGUAUGUAUUAUAUAUGAUUCAAGUACUUUUAUUUACUUUAUUAAACGUUUUUUUGUUAACUUUAUAAACUUUUUUGCAGGCAGUAGGGGGACUGCCUGAGAGCUCCCACUGCAUAAGCCGGCUAUUCCGGCCAUGUGAUAGCAAAGACCCCGCAAUCACAUGGCUGGGGGAGAGGGAAGGCGGAUUGGGUAUAGGGGGUCUGCCUGGGUGCUCAGGAUCGGGGGAGCGACGGGGACCCGGUAAGUACAAAGGACAUCGGGACGUUCUAUGCCACCGUUUAGGACCGCCCCAUAAAGGACGGCAUAGAACGCCAUCCUUAAGGGGUUAAUAUAUUACUGAACAUCUGCAGACUAUGGUAUUAUGAAACUGUACAUGAUUUUUUUUUUUUUCUAAAAUAUUUAUUUCCUGGGGCAAAAUAUGCAUUUCUGUGUUUCAACUUCCAGGUUUCAAAAAUUGAGUUUCACAUUAAAUUCGAUUGGAUUCAAAUAAAUUGUGUGUGUGUGUUUAUUAGAAACUCAAAUUCCUGCACUCCAACUUUCAAAUAGUAUAGCCUGGUGCCUAGUAACAAUAUAAUAUAAAAAUGAAACAAUACCAGCACUCUAGGUCUUCCAAAAAUCACUUGUUUAUUUUCUGUCAAUUCAGAGGGUCAACGUUUCAGCUCCCGUUUGGAGCUUUCAUCAGGACACAUCACAUAAUGACAGGCUUAUAUAGGACCUAAAAUCAUAACAAACAUUCACCUAAUAAGCUGCUCCUUGUUUCUUCUGAUGCCUGGCAUCUGUCCUGCGCAACUGUGCAUGCGUGCAAAUACGGGAGUCACCACCUCGUCAUGAAUCAGCUGAGACCCCUCACAUAAUGCGGCUACGUCACGUUGCCAUAGAGACCACAGUAACCCUGUGGUUAUAGGCAAUAGUGUGUUUACGUAAGCCAUGGGGAGAAUCUAUACAUUUAAAGAAACUAAUGAAAGUGUCAUAGAAUAUUCAUAGCAUUAUUAAUAUUCACCAUAAUCCAAUGGCACCCUAUUAACUAUGACACUUUCAUUAGUUUCUUUAAAUGUAUAGACACUUCUUUUAAUAAGAAUAGAAUGUGUCCUGAUGAAAGCUCCAAACGGACCCUCUGGAUUGACAGAAAAUAAACAAGCAAUUUUUUUUGGAAGAUCUAGAGUGCCGGUAUGGUUUCAUUUAUAUUCAUUCUCUCUUGCGCUCUCUCUCUCGUCCUUGAGUGUGCAAGAUUUUUAUUCAUAGAAAUAGGUGUGUGUACAAAUAUGUAUACAUUAGAAACACUUUAUCCUGAAAAUAUUAACAUGGUCACAUGGUGAGCUCCUUCACGGUGUUCCAUACGGGCUUUAACAUUUGGACUGCAUUUGCUGGAGUCAUAUUUAGUGGCCACGGCCUGACAAGCACUGACUAUUGUAAUUUAAGUCACCGCAGCGAAGCGGUCUUGUUCACCACCAGUGAUUAUUGGCUUACAUCUAAACCGAGGGAGAGAGCCAUGGUCUGAAAAAGCUCCCGAUAGUGUCUCCACAUAUGCCCCGUUUGAUUGGCACUGAGCUUUUGUCAUUUGCCCAUUACCGAUCACCGAUGAGUUUUUGAUCAUCGGAGACAGCAAGUAAGAGCUGCAGAAUGAGAGGGAGAUCUCCCUCUCAUGCAGCAAUCACACAGUACAUAGUGCUCUGUACUGUGUGACAUUGUAAAUCCAUCUGUUGAAGUCAGCAAAUGUAACCCAUCUGGACUAGGGUUCGUGUUGGGCUAGGGUUAGUUUUAUUAAAGGGUAAGCAUUAAUGCUGGGUUUGUUAUAUAGUAGGUUUAGUGUAAGCACAUGGGUAGGGUUGGAGUAGGUUUAUGCUUAACUACCUAAACUUAAUUAGAUCCUAAACAUAUGGGGAAUUUAACAAUUAGGACUGAUAAAUUAAUGUAUGUGCACUUGAUACAAAACUGGGGUUUUGGGGCGUGAGGGGGUGGAGUGGUUUUCAAUACUCUCUCUCUCUCUCUCUCUCUCUCUCCCAUUUUUACCAUCUUAUUUACACGUUAUGUUGUGCUCAAGAGACUGGUGGCAUUUAGAGAGAGUACUAUUUUCUGCUUUUAAAUGGACAUGCAUCAAUUGAUGAUUAUGUUUUGUUUUUUUGUAAAACAGCGAGUGAGGCAACUGUCUCAUUUGAAGUUCAAGCUAUUAAUAUGAGGGUUGUCUCAAAUUGACAUGUCCCUUUAAAGAUGAAUUGUUCACUAAAUUUGUGAUGUAUUUUUCACAGUGGAGGUUUAGAGCGAGUCCUAAUUAGUCUAGUCUAGCUUCAAGAGAAGGUCAGAACUGCGAUCUAUACACCAGAAAUAUAUAAUUUGCAACUCAAACAAAUUGCAAUGUAAAUAUGAAACUAUUAUUAUUUUUAUUAUUAUUAUAUUUAUAUAUAUAUAUAUUUUUUUUUGAGUGUCUAAAGCAAAUAUUAGGUUGUUUUAACUCAGGCAGGUUAAAUACCCACUGCUCUUUUGCAGGCACUUGUGAAUUCAUCCUUUGAUAAUCCUGAAUGCUUUAGCUGAAAAACAAGAUCUUUCUCUAUUUAUAAAUCUCCAAAAGAUGAGAACAUUCCUUGACUCCUCUCAUCUUUUGGAUUACUACAUACAUAGCUGGAGUAAGCAGUGGGGGUAUUUUACGUCCAUACAAUGAGAGCUGGAGUGGUAAACUUGUGGAUUUAGAGAGAGAGUGCGUGUUCUACAGAAACAUCCCCUGCAAUAAUAUUAAGAAACGUAUGCUGUGCCUUACAGGAGUUGCUGUGUACUCAGAAAGCUACAUGCCCCUGGACAGCUCUGAAGAUGUGUAUGUUUGCAAACUGGAAGUAUCAUGUCCGAGCACCACAGAAAACGAUGGUCAGUUUAAUGCACAGUUCACUUUAUCUGUAACCAAGUGUGUUGCUCUAGUGUUAGCCAGCUAUACUAUUCCAAUCAGAUAUGGGAAUAUCAUCAGUGAAUUCACUUGAUAAAUAUGUAUACAUUCCAUUUUAUGUAUAAACUGUUAAUUCUUCUGUUGAAUUAUAACAGUAUAUUUUUAAUGUUUCUCAAGAUAAGAUCACUUCCCCUGUCAUGACAUUGGUCACUUGCUUCCGUUUCCUGUUUUGCCUUCUGCAAGCGUUACAUUAAUAUUCUAUGUAAUUUUUCACACAGUAUUACUUUUUUAAUGCAUUAAGUAGGUAAUAAAAAAAUGGCAACAAUUGAAAUAAAAAAAGAUUUUGAAAACAUGAAGCGAUACCUUCCCAGCUCAAUCCCUGUUUAGUAGGCCCAUCCAAAACCCUCACACCAAUCAGGUGCAUCUAAUUCUGGUCUAAGUAGGCGGAUCUUCUGUAACAGAAUUAUUCUUUCUUGUUGUGGACAUGGAAAAAAAGUAACCCUUUCCCCAUUUAUAGGCGUGAAUACCACAACAAAGGUUAAACAAACACAAAACAACUUGUCUCAGCUGCACUUUUUUGUUGUGGUGAAUUCACUGCAUGCUGCACACGUGAAAAACAAGAAGGGAAAAAAAAAAUUAAGCCAAAUAGUCUCAAAGUAUGUGCUCCUAUAUGGGGAAAACUACUACAAAGCAAACCAACAGACAAUGCUCUAAAUCGGUAAUUGUUACACCAGGCAAGAGUAAAGGAAUAGUGUGUAUAAUACACGUAUAAAUACAAUAAAACUAAAAAAAUAUAUGUUGAACAUGGGUGUACAAAGAAUUACUGCACAAAAAAAAACUCCCUACUGUAUAACAACUGAGGCAUGAAAAGUGUUGCCCAUAAACUUAUCAGAGUAGCACAGUAUUUAUCUAGAGAUUCCAGGACCUCUAGUGGCCGAAUUGUGGAUUUCAAGUUUCUGUGAUUUGAUAAACUGUGAAAUCCAGUGAGUUCAAUAGCUCAAUCUCACUGUUAAUGGACAGUUUGACAUGUCUUGUUAAUUUAUUAUUUAUAUAGAGCCAGCAAAUUUCGUAGCCCUGUACAAUGGGUGGACUAACACACGUAAUUGACAAGUUGGACGCACAGGAACAGAGGGGUUGGGGGCCCUGCUCAAUGAGCUUACACGCUAGAGGGAGUAGGGACUUAUGCUUAUAUCAGAUAUAAUAGACAUGUGCAGGAUGUACCAAAUGCGUAUAGCAGAGUGUCUAAAAAAAGUAUAUUUAACUUGAUUCUUUCGUACGAAUAGCAAAGUUAUGGUCAGAUUACACUGAAUAGCGAUGUACAGGUUAUAUAACCUCUAGUACUAACCAUUAUGAGUUAGUGCAUCUAACUCAAUUUGAACAAUGAGAUACAGAAUAGCUAAACUUUGUAACAAAGUAUCGGUUUGCUAGUAAUCAGUCCGUAGAUACAGGUGAUAUUUGAAAAAUUAGAAUAUCGUGCAAAAGUUAAUUUAUUUCAGUAAUGCAGCGUAAAAUGGGAAACUAAUAUGAGAUAGACGAAUUACAUGCAAAGCAAGAUAGUUCAAGCCGUGAUUUGUCAUAAGUGUGAUGAUUAUGGCUUACAGCUCAUAAAAAAUUCCACAAUCUCAGUAAAUUAGAAUAUUACAUGCAAUCAAUAAAACAAGAAAUGUACAUAGCAAAAAAAUGGGUUGCAAGAGUAUACUGAGAACGGGCAGCUGCUGAAAUAGCCUGCCCUUCGGUGGGUCCCCGCUCAGAUCUCAAGCUGGUUUUUGCUCAUCUUGUGCCAUUACAUAGAGAACAUCUCUGAAACAUAUCAGACUGGUCCCACCCAUACGGGCAGUCCAGAUCUGAAAUGCCAGCAAGUUCUCUCUGCACGAAAGACACAGCAACCCCGAUCGUUUCAGCCUUGUUAGGUAUCAUCAGUGAGGCAUAGCUGAUAUCUCCCUAGGCACCGUGAGCAAGGGGUCCAUGUCUGGAUUAUCCCUUUAAACUUGUGGAGAGCAAAAAAAUUGUUUGCAAGAGUAUAGAAGUGUACAUAGAAAAAUAUCAGACCUCUGAAAAGUAUAAGCAUGCAUGUGGACUCAGUACUUGGUUUGGGCCCCUUUUGCAGCAAUUAUUGCCUCAAUGUGGCGUGGCAUGGAAGCUAUCCGCCUGUGGCACUGCUGAAGUGUUAUGGAAGACCAGGAUGCUUCAAUAGCGGCCUUCAGCUCUUCUGCAUUGUUCAGUCUCUCAUCUUUCUCUUGGCAAUGCCCCAUAGUUUCUCUAUGGGAUUCAGGUCAGGCGAGUUUGCUGGCCAAUCAAGCACAGUAAUCCCACGGUCAUUGAACCAGACUUUGAUGCUUUUGGCAGUGUGGGCAGGUGCCAAGUCCUGCUGGAAAAUGAAGUCAGCAUCCCCAUAAAGCUCAUCUGCGGAACACCAGCAGAUGACAUGGCUCCCCAAAUCAACACAGCCUGUGGAAACUUCACACUGGACUUCAAGCAUCUUGCAGUUUGUGCCUCUCCAUUCUUCCUCCAGACUCUGGGUCCUUGAUUUCCAAAUGAGAUGCAAAAGUUGCUCUCAUCAGAAAAGAGGACUUUGGACCACUGAGCAACAGACCAGGUCUGUUUUUCUUUAGCCCAGGUAAGACGCUUCUGACGUUGUUUGUUGUUCAGGAGCGGCUUGACAAGAGGAAUACGACAUCUGAAGCCCAUGUCCAGGAUCCGUCUGUGUGUGGUGGCCUCAGUCCACUCCUUGUGAAAGUCCCCAACACUUUUGAAUGGCCAUUUCCUGACAAUCCUCUGCAGGCUGCGGUCAUCCCUGCUGCUUGUGCACCUUUUUCUUCCACACUUUUCCGUUCCACAUAACUUUCUAUUAAAGGGACACUAUAGUCACCUGAACAACUUAAGCUUAAUGAAGCAGUUUUGGUGUAUAGAACAUGCCACUGCAGCCUCACUGCUCAACCCUCUGCCAUUUAGGAGUUAAAUCCCUUUGUUUAUGAACCCUAGUCACACCUCCCUGCAUGUGACUUGCACAGCCUUCCAUAAACACUUCCUGUAAAGAGAGCCCUAUUUAGGCUUUCUUUAUUGCAAGUUCUGUUUAAUUAAGAUUUUCGUAUCCCCUGCUAUGUUAAUAGUUUGCUAGACCCUGCAAGAGCCUCCUGUAUGUGAUUAAAGUUCAAUUUAGAGAUUGAGAUACAAUUAUUUAAGGUAAAUUACAUCUGUUUGAAAGUGAAACCAGUUUUUUUUUCAUGCAGGCUCUGUCAAUCAUAGCCAGGGGAGGUGUGGCUAGGGCUGCAUAAACAGAAACAAAGUGACUUAACUCCUAAAUGACAGUGAAUUGAGCAGUGAAAUUGCAGGGGAAUGAUCUAUACACUAAAACUGCUUUAUUUAGCUAAAAUAAUUUAGGUGAUUAUAGUGUUCCUGUCAGGUCAGCAGUCCUCCCCAUGAUUCUUACUGAACCAGACUGAGAGACCAUUUAAAGGCUCAGAAACCCUUUGCAGGUGUUAUGGCUUACUUAGCUGAUUAGAGUCGGACACUGUGAGUCUAGAAUAUUGCACCUUUUCACAAUAUUCUAAUUUAUUGAGAUUGUGGAUUUGGGGUUUUCAUGAGCUGUAAGCCAUAAUCAUUGCACUUAGUUCAAGCCAUAUAUGUCAUAUCUUGCUUUGCAUGUAAUGCGUCUAUCUCAUAUAUUAGUUUCCCCUUUUACGUUGCAUUACUGAAAUAAAUGAACUUUUGCACGAUACUCUAAUUUUUCGAGUAUCACCUGUACACUUGGUGUUCGGUAAUUGCAAGUGCUGCAAAGUAAGUCUAAAGUCAGAGCAGAUGAGAAGCAGGUUUUGUUAGAUAUCCCUACUGUACCUUCAAGGGCACCUCUUACAAAAGGUUACCCCUAUGUAUAAUGACAUUAGCUAUGCAGAUAACCACCAUUUAACAGUACCAUAUUAAGUUAAAAGGAAUAUAAUCGAAGUGUGAUCUUUUUAUGUGGCAGUUGUAAAUACCACAGUGAUCAUCACAUAUUUGUGCAGUGCAUAUCAGGGAGGUACUGCUCCUCCCGAUGGUAACAGAAGGUCCAGAAAGCUUAUGGUGAAGUGACUGUGUACUGGACCCCGGACGGGCGUUUCACCACUCUUGCUCUUCAAAGGGGAUAUGUUUGGUAUUUAUUCAGCAGUUUUGUAUAGCACAGUAUGUAAAUUAAAGUACUAGAAAGUAUUUUAAAAUCUUUUCAAAACAAUCAAUAGCAGUUUUAGACUUGGCUAUUAGGUUGGGCUAAAGUAAAGAAGUGACAGUUCUGAUUUAAAUGGACACUCUCUAAGCACCAGUGAGUUUAAAAACACCCAAUGUUUGCGUGUUUGCUUUUAUUUGCAAGUUAUAGGGCUAUAAGUACAAGUAGGAAAUUGCUGUUUCAAAAAUCAAUAGUGACAUUGUAACACGGUUAUGUCAUAAAUCUCCAAAAAACACCCCACAUGUAUAUAUUUUUCUUAAACUAGAUAACCCAGGGUAUUCAUAUAAGAAUAUUUUGAUACUUUCUAUGCAGUCAUUUUACCACAAACCUUUGCCAAACUUUGCAUUGUUAGUUUAUUUUUUUCACAUACAUUGCAAUUCAGGUAUAAAUUCACAGAUUCUGUUAGGUGUCACUGCCAAACACCACCACAAUAUGUGUUCAGCAACAUCUCCUGAGUACAUGGGUACCCCCCAUGUAUAGGUGUGUCGGGUUGUUGGGGGGGCUAAAAGGCCACAUUUGGCAGGUGCGCAUAUCAGUUUCCCAGCUUGGAAUUUUGACAUGUAGUCAACCUGCAUGCAUGUCCUAUUUGGGACAUUUUUGAAGCUGGCCAAUGUAUUUUACCCCAUCAAACCAUAUAUUUUUGAAAAGUAGACAACCUAGGGUAUUUCAGAUGGUGGUAUUUUAACACUUUCCAUGCACUAAUUCUACCACCAGGCUUUGUCAAACAUUGAGGUAGUAAUUUUUGUUUCUGUUUUUUUCACACACAUUGUACUUUAGGCAUGAAUUAACAGAUCCUGUUAUGUGUCAUUGCCAAACACCCCAAUAUGUGUUCAGCAAGAUCUCCUGAGUACAGUGAUACCACCCAUGCAUAGGCCUGUCGGGUUCUUUGGGGGCUAAAAGGCCACGUUUGGCAGGUGCGCUUAUCAGUUUCCCAACUUCGAAUUUUGACAUGUAAUCAUCCUGCCCCAUGUCCCAUUUGAGCCAAUGUAUUUUACCCCCAUCAAACCAUAUAUUUUUGAAAAGUAGACAACCCAGGGUAUUUUAAAUGGAGGUAUUUUAACACUUUUCAUGCACUGAAUUCUACCACCAGCCUUUGUUUACAUUCUUUAAAACAUAUAUGAUUUAAUCUACAGUAUAAUAUAUUCUUUGGAAAGUCCUUUAUUUCAAUCUUAACAAAUUUCUUACAAUUAUUUUUAAAAAUGCAAAUUUUUUGCAAUUUUUAUUCAUGUUGCACUAUUUAAACCAUCUCUGCUGAAUGUUUUUACCAGAUUUCCCAAUAUCCGUAGAUAGCACUGUCAAUUUGUUCACAAGUGAUAUCUGUGGAGCUGAAACUGAUGUUCUAUUUGAAAGUUCAGGUGAGCUGUCUGCAUACUAUUGCCUCUAUUUUUCUGAUUAUUUUCCCCUCGUUUUAAUGUUUUGCAUAUUUUGCCCUCUUUUUAGAGUUAGGUAAGUAUUUCUUACAAGAUUUGACUUAAUUUUUGCACUAUACUGAACACCUCUUUUGCUUUAACUUUCAGACAUAGAUGAAUUUACUGAAACCCUGGCACCUGGUGAUUACAUGGAAACCGUAUACGCUUAUAAUGUCUAUGAUCCAGAGGCUUGUGAUGUAGAAGUAUCAGAUAAUCCAGGUGAGUUUAAUGCACUUCUUCUGCAGUGUACCUUUUAGGAUUCCACAGAACAAUGCAGGCCCCUGCAGGAAGCCCCCUUGCUGUCUCGUCUGGCCCAUAAUCAAUAAAGUUCUAAUUUUUCAGCAGAAUGUACUUGCAAACUGUUUUAUAAUUUACGUUUUAAACCAUCUACUUGACGAUUCAAUAGCAUUAAUUCCAGUUAUUUCUUCUUUUUACUUAAUUUUAAUUAUUGUAUCCUAUUGCUUUAGGCAAAAAUGGAAAAGGACUAUAUCAGGUCUAGCAGACUUGUAUAAUUUCGAAAUAAACGCAAGAAAUUUUAGAGAAAUAAAAAAGUUUUCCUUUCUUCUUAUGUUACUGUUAAAGUGGCUCUGUCAGCAUUUUACCUUUGUCAAGAAAAUCUGAAAUAUAAAGUCAUGUGUUCUGCAAUGUAACUUCAUUUAUAAGGGUGGAUUUUUGGCACAAAGCUGAGCUUUUAAACCGCUACUACCUUCCACAUCUUGUCAUUUCCCAUCAGCUGCCACUCACAACAGCUGAUGGGAACAGGAAUCAUCUCAUUAUGUGCAGUAGAUGCCUAUAUCAUAUCAUUUUGCAUGCAAGAGAAUACCUAUUGAGAACCUUGCAGGCUGCUCCACAGAACUAUUUUUCUUUUGUGAAUUUGGUGAGGGUUCACUGGUGAUGUGGUCCUCCGGCAUCUUCAUCUAGCAAAUAAUGUUGGAGCUAAACUAAAACAUGACAGUUAAUGAUGGAGCUAAAAUGAAGAGGGUUUUGCCAGCUAAAUAUAAUUCCUCAAACCCUCUCCUAUGCCUGGAUCCUCCCAAACACCCCUUCAAAAUACUUGAUUCCCUUACUUCCUUUUGUGAUUUUGAGCUUGAUUAGGAAAACCCCUCUUCAGUACUGUAGAAUUAAAUGCUUCUCUUGUUUCCUAUUAUACAGUGCGGCUGAAUAUUUUGGCAAUUAUAUAAAUCAUUACAUUCUCAAAAAGACCCCCAUAAGUGACAGUGCCAUUUUACCUUAACUUGAGAAUAUAUUUGCAGCAUUGUGGUUAUACUUUCAAACUCCAUUUAAAUCAACUCUGCAAUUAUUUAAUUUGUUCUAGAUUCACUGGUGUUUUCAGAGAGUUCACCAUCAGUAGAGGAGAGUCGUCAUGUGUACGAUAGUGAUGCUGAUAAAAGCAUUUAUCAAGGUAAACUUUCUUCAAUGUAUCAUGUUCAUAUUUCAAAUACUGCACCUUGUGUGUCACUGGCUAGAAUUGUGUAUGUGUUUUUUUUUGUUUUUUUUUGCUCUGAGAGUGUUAAGCACAAUAUUACACAACUAUAAAUUCAUUUUCAGAUUUUGAAACAUAUACUAGCAACCUAGCACCAGUUGGUGACUUUGACAUUCUGUAUAUGGGUAAUAUAUCCGUUCCAGAAGCUGGCUCCCAACUACUAUGUUAGAGAAAUCCAUUUUAAAAAAAAGGGAUUGGGGGGGGGGAAGGAGACAUUGCUUGGUUAGAGUCCAGAAAGGAUGUGUAAGCCUGCUAUGAGCAAAUCAACAACCCAACAUGAUGGGAACAACCCCCCCUCCAAAAAAAAGGGACAUACUAACUCCAUAUUUGCUUCCAGACUAGCAGAAAUUGCCUCCAUUUGUGUCACCGCCAUGGCACAAAGAACAGGCCACAGAGCCCUUAACCGCAGGCCUUACUAAACUUGUUCACAUCUAAAAUGGGGAGAAUGCUGCAAGAUCUCCCGUUAAGACAUCCAAGCAAAUGUAUCAAGCCUCCCCUCGGAACUGAUCAAAACAAUCAAUGAUCUGGGUGAUCAGACAAAAAAACUCAAACAAAAUGGAUCCCGUGGCUGGCUCACACACUCUUACAAGAGAAACCGAAAUAGAUACUAUAUUACGUAUACACAUCUCCACACCUAAACCGCUCAUUCUACAAUCUGCCAGAAUAUAAUGGCAACAUACACCUUUUCCCAGAUUUCACUCAACUCAACACACUUUGCAAUGGUGCAGUGACCUCAGUCCUGUCACUACUAUCCUCUGUGAACGCAAGAUACUGUACAACUGAGGUUUCCUCAACAAUCGAUCUACCACAACAACAACUUCACUGGAUGAAGGGAAGAAGCUACUGUCGUUCUGGAACUUUGUCCCACAAUCAAAAGCAUCUAGUGCCGUUUCGGCAUGAAAAGGGGGAGCAACCAAACCUAUAAGGAAUGGAAGAAAGCAGCCUCCAGGCCCACCAGAUCUAGACCUUAAAAGUUACUGGGAAAGCACAUACGAUGCUCAGCUUUGUUUCUACAUAUAACUAUUUGCAUGUAAAGUGUUAUUUAUUGGCAUUUCACCGUAUGUUCAUGUUAGACUUAAUUGAGUUUAAUAUGCAUUGAUGCUCAUGUACAUUUAGGGGAGUCCUAUUUGGUUUUUUUCACUGCCCUCAAAUAUUCAGUGGGUCUCAGUCUGCUGAUAUUAUAAGUGGACCAAGACUGACUCUCACUCUGUAUUAUACGUCAUUUGGUUUAUGCAAUUGUUUAUUUUAACUUCUUUGACCCAGAGGUGGAGUCUCCCACACCAGCUCAUCAAGCUAAGAUACUGAAAAAUUUUAAUAUAAAAUUUAGAAAGUCUAUGCAUGUACAUAACCUAUACAAUGUAUAGAGCAUAUCGGGUCCAGUGACUAGGGAAUAUUUAUAUUUGGAAUAGUACAGUCGUAUAGAUUCUUUUCACAAAUAGGCCACUCCUUAAUAAGAUGGAACAUAUGUCCUGUGGGGCUAUUACAUGGUCAAAUCACUGCCCGCUGAUACUUAAGAUACAGAUAGGACCUCUCACCCAUAUAUUCAAUAAAUGGUGUAAAAAUGACUCCCUAGUGCAAGCCAGAGAAACAAAAUAAUUGGAUUAUUGUUGGUAUUUAUAUAGCUCCAGCCUAUUCCGCAGCGUUUUACAUUAAAAGGGAAAUUUAACAAAUGUGACAAUAACAAAAUUACACUUACAAGAGGUAGAUGAGGACCCUGUUAAAACGAGCUUACAGUUUAGAGGAGGUAGGGCAUAGAACACAAUAGCAAGGGAGAAAAUGAAAAUCCAGACACCUCCGUAGAAUCCUUAUGACUGGCUCAUAAAGUUCAUAGCUUAUGCAUCACACAAAUGCAGACUAUGACAGACCUAGCCGUCAGAAUUGGCAGACACUGGAGACCUAACAUAAAACCAAGCCCACACAGGAUCUUCUCCAGCAAAUUAAACAAGUGCAUCUAGAACGCACAGAAUUUGUUUGGAAAACUAAAAAUCCAAUUUUAUUCUGCAGGUAAAAUACUAGGCAAUAAACUACAUAAACUGUUGUGGCCAUAAUAUCAUACCAUGGUUAAUGUGUGCUAAAUUUUAUGAUGCCUUCUAUUCUUUUUGGAAAAUAUGAGGCAACUCAUCAGCCCUAAACAGCUGAGAGAUUCUUCUUUUGAAUACAUUACAGCUACACCAAAUUACACCCUCCGAAGCACUGAGGCUAUUGACUCCUAUUACAUUACAAGAAGUUACAACAACACUAGGGUCACUACCACAAGGAAAACCUCCCGGCCCCGAUGGUUGCUGCUGUUAAAAUUAUGAUUUUACGAAGGUUCUUGUAUAUAUACCAAACUAUCCUCUUACCAUUCCUAAUUAAACAGCUCAGGCAAAUACUAAUGUCCAUCAAUAACUUAUUAAUGCAUAUAACGAACACAUAGUGGCAAAGAACAUAAUCUAUCAGGAGAAAAACACAGGGAGGUAUGGGGGUACCAAAAUUGGAGUCCUAUUUUGUUUACAGCCAUCAAACAAUGGAUAGAUGUGCAGAACACUAUAGUUUAUCCAAUAAGGAUAUCUCUUUUGCUAUGGUCAAAAGUACCAUUGGCAGAUUUUCCUACGUUACGACUAUAUCUAGACUUUAAUCUGGGCAGUUGGGAAAGGAGAGACAUUAAAGUGGUACGCAAUAUAUAUGUGGGUUUUAAACAUUUAUGUAGUACCUUCGAGUUAAAAAACCUAGAUAGGUUCUCUUGCAUACGAGUAGGGCACAUUUUGUUAACUCCACUGAUAAAGGAAAGAUUGCAAAUAACAGACUAACAAAAUGCAAAGCCAUGGUUACACAUUAAUAGGAAAAAAAGAUUUGUUGCAAUGUGAUACAUAAUAUACACAAAUGCCUCCUAAAAAGAAAGCAACAAGGGAAGUAGAAUUGAGAAUUACGUUCACAGAUGCAGAAUGGCAAAAAAUCCUGUAUUUCACACAUGGUUUUCCCAACUGCUUUAACCAUGCCGAGCUACUCUGCCAAAUGCUUUUUAGACUUGACAACAUAAAGACUCUCUUGCAUGUUUCCAGGAAUUGUUGGAGGGGAUGUGGUAUGGAGGUAUCUCAUGCUCACAUUUGGUGAGGUUGCCUGAAGACUAGUCCAAUAUGCUAGGUGUUUUAUCAAUGUACAGUUGCAAGAAAAAGUAUGUGAACCCUUUGGAAUGAUAUGGAUUUCUGCACAAAUUGGUCAUAAAAUGUGAUCUGAUCAUCAUCUAAGUCACAACAAUAGACAAUCACAGUCUGCUUAAACUAAUAACACACAAAGAAUGAAAUGUUGCCAUGUUUUUAUUGAACACACCAUGUAAACAUUCACAGUGCAGGUGGAAAAAGUAUGUGAACCCUUGGAUUUAAUAACUGGUUGAACCUCCUUUGGCAGCAAUAACUUCAACCAAACGUUUCCUGUAGUUGCAGAUCAGACGUGCACAACGGUCAGGAGUAAUUCUUGACCAUUCCUCUUUACAGAACUGUUUCAGUUCAGCAAUAUUCUUGGGAUGUCUCCGCUUUUUUGAGAUCAUGCCACAGCAUCUCAAUCGGGUUGAGGUCAGGACUCUGACUGGGCCACUUCAGAAGGUGUAUUUUCUUCUGUUUAAGCCAUUCUGUUGUUGAUUUACUUCUAUGCUUUGGGUCAUUGUCCUGUUGCAAUACCCAUCUUCUGUUGAGCUUCAGCUGGUAGACAGGUGGCCUUAAGUUCUCCUGCAAAAUGUCUUGAUAAACUUGGGAAUUCAUUUUUCCUUCGAUGAUAGCAAUCCGUCCAGGCUCUGACGCAGCAAAGCAGCCCCAAACCAUGAUGCCCCCACCACCAUACUUCAGUUGGGAUGAGGUUUUGAUGUUGGUGUGCUGUGCCUUUUUUUUUCGCCACACAUAGUGUUGUGAGUUUCUUCCAAACAACUCAACUUUGGUUUCAUCUGUCCACAGAAUAUUUUGCCAGUACUGCUGUGGAACAUCCAGGUGCUCUUGUUCAAACUGUAAAUGUGCAUCAAUGUUUUGUUUGGACAGCAGUGGCUUCCUCUGUGGUAUCCUCCCAUGAAAUCCAUUCUUGUUUAGUGUUUUACGUAUUGUAGAUUCGCUAACAGGGAUGUUAGCAUUUGCCAGUGACUUUUGUAAGUCUUUAGCUGACACUCUAGGAUUCUUAUUCACCUCAUUGAGCAGUCUGCGCUGUGCUCUUGCAGUCAUCUUUACAGGACGGCCACUCCUAGGGAGAGUAGCAGCAGUGCUGAACUUUCUCCAUUUAUAGACAAUUUGUCUUACCGUGGACUGAUGAACAGCAAGGCUUUUGGAGAUACUUUUAUAACCCUUUCCAGCUUUAUGCAAGUCAACAAUUCUUAAUCGUAGGUCUUCUGAGAGCUCUUUUGUGCGAGGCAUCAUUUACAUCAGGCAAUGCUUCUUGUGAAAAGCAAACCCAGAACUGGUGUGUGUUUUUUAUAGGGCAGGGCAGCUGUAACCAACACCUCCAAUCUCAUCUCAUUGAUUGGACUCCAGUUGGCUGACAUCUCACUCCAAUUAGCUCUUGGAGAUGUCAUUAGUCUAGGGGUUCACAUACUUUUUCCACCUGCACUGUGAAUGUUUACAUGGUGUGUUCAAUAAAAACAUGGCAACAUUUUAUUCUUUGUGUGUUAUUAGUUUAAGCAGACUGUGAUUGUCUAUUGUUGUGACUUAGAUGAUGAUCAGAUCACAUUUUAUGACCAAUUUGUGCAGAAAUCCAUAUCAUUCCAAAGGGUUCACAUACUUUUUCUUGCAACUGCAUAAAGGAACAGAGUGCGCCCUCUUGGGCUUCUACCCGAGCCAUAUAAGAAUGUCCCAAAGUAAAGUUGUUAUAUAUUAUAUUUUUAGCAUUAAAACCACUAAUAGCGCAGAACUGAAAAUACAAAGAUACACUAAAAGUUCUCACAUUUAAAGCAAAAAAGAGAAAUUGAAUAUUGCUCUAAUUUGGCCAAAAAUGCCUCAUGGAUUUUUGGGGACAUGAACCAAUAUACUUGAAGUACUGACCUUUGUAAUACUUGGACUUUAAAGGUUUGUGGGGAAGUGUUGGAGGAGGGGGGGAGGAUUCAGAGUCACAUGGUGCAAUAUUCUAUCUACUACUGAUACACUACUGGAUGAAGAGAAACUUGUUACAGACACAGUUCCAGUUUUCUAUUUGUUACUAUGUUAUGUUUUGUAACUUUGCUUUGUAGAAAUUGCAGAAAUUGUAUUUUUUGUACAAGAUUUGUAUAGUGAAAUUUCAUGUAUCCUUGUUCAUGUGUCACUAUAUUAAAAUGUCAAUAAAAUUUACAGAUUAAAAAAAAAAAAGAAUAAUUUGCAAUUUAAGAAAGUAAAUUAAAUGGCAAGAGUGUGUAGUGUCAGACGGCACUCAAAAGCACAGGAAGGUAUUGUCAUGUAUUAAACCAGUAGAGUGACACUAAGGUCGCCACAGCUGCCCAUGACAUCCGUGUCGCUGGAAUAGAACAGGAGCUGACUGCGAUGCGACCAGGCCCAGAUUCAUGCGUUCCACAUGGCAAUGAAAAAUCGGAGGAGGUGGAAGAACGCAUAGUCGCAUAGCAUAUACUACCCUGUGAAACUCCACUUUCACCUAUGUUCUUCUCUGGGUAGACGGCUCAGUAUUUGCUUUAGCAUAGCUACAUAUAAUAACAUUGAUUAUAAAACACUGAAUCCAACUGUUCGUACUACUGGCUACUAUGUCUGCUUAUUGUUCAAUAUUGUAUUUUUUAUUGUACUUAACUUUUUAACUGAACAAUGCCUGCAUACUUUUUGAAAAGAUUUACAAAAACAUAUUCAUAUAAUAGUCAAUUUCUUCGGAACUAUGCAAUGCAGAUUUGGGAGACCAUACUCCAAUAAGAUUUGUUUUACGGAACAUAUACUGAUAUAAAAGGACAAGAUGACCCUGCUUGUGGUAUCUAAUCUCCUGCAAGAUACUAUGCAAGAAAGCCUUUAAACAUAUAAUCUACAGGUUGUGAGACGGAUAUUUGGGUUCUUUUUAUUUCUCAAGUGUAUUUUCUAGGCUACUGUAGGCAGGUCAUAAUGCAGGCUGUAAGGAUGUUCCUGCUGUGGUCUGACCCAUAAUCGGCAAAUUUCUUAUUGGUCUUCUAGAUGAGUUGUACUGUAAAUCUAGUGAAAAUAAACAUGGGUUUGUUGCCAGAUUAAUGUUUAAUUCUGUUAUUAACUUUUAACUACUUCAUUUUGUAAAUACAUUGUGUACUUUUAAGUAAAGCAGGCAAAAGGCUAUUUGUAAAUUUUACAAGUGUAAGCUUUGUUUAAAUGUACAUGGGGAUUUAGGCCAGAGCGCAGGUAACGUUCUUUUUGCUUUUACAAGUGUAAGCUUGACCGCUUUGUUGAAGUAAUUAUAUCCAGAGUUUGGGUUAUCUUAUUUUUCCAGAUGUUCCAUUGGCAGUCAUAACAAGUGGGAUGUAUUUGCCCAUUUCUCACAGGACCAGUAGCAUUGAAAAGGUUAAAAAAAAACUAAAUGCAGUCCCCCAUCCACAGUCUCCUCCCCUCUUAGCCCCUCCUAGUCGUAUAAAGGGCAACUCCACACUAAGCUCCCCAGUAUUUGCCUGUCCUCAAGAGAGACAGGUCAAAUAGUAGAGCUCGUCCAACCUUUGGCAGAAUUGAUGAAGCUAUUCACCUUUUUUGUGUUUUGGAUAUAUGUGGUGAGGGAGCUGCAGCUCCUUUUUGAAGGAUUGCAUUAAAAUUCUUAAUCCUUCCAUAAAACUACUUUUUAGCAUUCCACACAAUUUAACCUUGGGUUUUCUGCAAUAACUAUACAUUUACUUUCAGACUUAAUGGUAUGCACAGAGAAUCCAGAGUCAGUGGACGACUCGGACAAUGUUUGCAAUAGUGAUGUCUGUUAUCCAGAAGCUGGUUAUCAAGUCUUUGAUCAAGGUUAGCCUGAUUUUGUUUACAGCAUACAUUUUCAGUCAAUGUCCCCUUAUUGCUGAAUAUAAAAAGUCAAUGUUAUUUCCCUAACAUAGGGUGGAAUAGCUAAAUUUGCUAGUUAAAGGGACCCUAUAGUCCCCAAAACCGCUUUAGCUUAAUGAAGCAGUUUUGGUGUAUGGAUCAUACCUCUGCAGUUUCACUGCUCAAUUCUCUGCUACUUGGGAGUUAAAUCACUUUGUUUAUGAAGCCCUAGGUGUACACCUCCCUGCAUGUGACUUUCACAGCCUUUCUAAACUCUUCCUGUAAAACAUCAUCUAAUGUUGAAACGUUCUGUAUUGCAAAUUGUGUUUAAUUUAGAAUGGCUUCUCUCCUGCACUGUUAAUUGCUUGCUAGACCCUGCAGGAUCCUCCUGUAUGUAAUUAAUUUCUUCUUCCCAGAUCUACAAUUAUAUACAGAGAGCCACCCACCAGUUGGUGAUACGGACAUUGUGUAUACAAGUAAUAUCUGUGAUCAUGAUGGUGAUUUGGAAAGAGCAGAACAUCAGGGUAAGUCUUGUUCAAUCCAUCUUAUCUGGGCUAUAUGGUUAUAUUGAGAGUCUCUCAAAACAAGAAAUAUUAGAGAUGAAUACAUUACACAGCAAAAUGGGCAAUGAGUCUGCUUUUAGAAUUCUUUUUACUGUGAAGAAAGCGUAGACUAGUUACUCUAGAGGGGAAAAAAGUGUGUGUGUUUUUUUGGUUUUUUUUUUAAAUACAAAUGCACUACAAACCUUUCUGGUGACCAGUUCAUAGACAACUGUAUGUUUAAGUACAUGUACUCAGAUGCACAGUCUAAUGAACUACAACAUACAAACUUAUACUUAUGUAAUUAAAGUGUGCAGUAGUGAAUUCACAAAUGAACGGCAAAAUAUAGGCAAAAAUAGACAGAAUAGUUCAUAGACAUAACUGUAUAAAGGAUAGUCCACUACUAAAAUUAGAGGAAAAAGUUCAACUACAAUAAUUGAAAGGCCUCAAAAAUACAAUCCUGAAAUAAUUCCCUUUAAAAUCUUAAUAUGUGGUUGACACAUGUGCAUAUGUAUUAAAAGAGAUCACUUGAAAUAUAGUUUAUUUGCCUUAUCAACAGCAUUGAUAGUGGUACAUGAAAAUUUGAUAUUUGUUUGUGUCUUUUUUUUUUUUUUCCUGGGGGAGGAGGAAGUUAUCUCAAAUUGGUGUUAUGGGAUUUUUACUAAAUACCAACUUGAAAUAAAUUAAAUCCAAACUGCACAAUACAGGGAGUGCAGAAUUAUUAGGCAAAUGAGUAUUUUGACCACAUCAUCCUCUUUAUGCAUGUUGUCUUACUCCAAGCUGUAUAGGCUCGAAGCCUACUACCAAUUAAGCAUAUUAGGUGAUGUGCAUCUCUGUAAUGAGAAGGGGUGUGGUCUAAUGACAUCAACACCCUAUAUCAGGUGUGCAUAAUUAUUAGGCAACUUCCUUUCCUUUGGCAAAAUGGGUCAAAAGAAGGACUUGACAGGCUCAGAAAAGUCAAAAUAGUGAGAUAUCUUGCAGAGGGAUGCAGCACUCUUAAAAUUGCAAAGCUUCUGAAGCGUGAUCAUCGAACAAUCAAGCGUUUCAUUCAAAAUAGUCAACAGGGUCGCAAGAAGCGUGUGGAAAAACCAAGGCGCAAAAUAACCGCCCAUGAACUGAGAAAAGUCAAGCGUGCAGCUGCCACGAUGCCACUUGCCACCAGUUUGGCCAUAUUUCAGAGCUGCAACAUCACUGGAGUGCCCAAAAGCACAAGGUGUGCAAUACUCAGAGACAUGGCCAAGGUAAGAAAGGCUGAAAGACGACCACCACUGAACAAGACACACAAGCUGAAACGUCAAGACUGGGCCAAGAAAUAUCUCAAGACUGAUUUUUCUAAGGUUUUAUGGACUGAUGAAAUGAGAGUGAGUCUUGAUGGGCCAGAUGGAUGGGCCCGUGGCUGGAUUGGUAAAGGGCAGAGAGCUCCAGUCCGACUCAGACGCCAGCAAGGUGGAGGUGGAGUACUGGUUUGGGCUGGUAUCAUCAAAGAUGAGCUUGUGGGGCCUUUUCGGGUUGAGGAUGGAGUCAAGCUCAACUCCCAGUCCUACCGCCAGUUCCUGGAAGACACCUUCUUCAAGCAGUGGUACAGGAAGAAGUCUGCAUCCUUCAAGAAAAACAUGAUUUUCAUGCAGGACAACGCUCCAUCACACGCGUCCAAGUACUCCACAGCGUGGCUGGCAAGAAAGGGUAUAAAAGAAGAAAAUCUAAUGACAUGGCCUCCUUGUUCACCUGAUCUGAACCCCAUUGAGAACCUGGUCCAUCAUCAAAUGUGAGAUUUACAAGGAGGGAAAACAGUACACCUCUCUGAACAGUGUCUGGGAGGCUGUGGUUGCUGCUGCACUCAAUGUUGAUGGUGAACAGAUCAAAACACUGACAGAAUCCAUGGAUGGCAGGCUUUUGAGUGUCCUUGCAAAGAAAGGUGGCUAUAUUGGUCACUGAUUUGUUUUUGUUUUGUUUUUGAAUGUCAGAAUUGUAUAUUUGUGAAUGUUGAGAUGUUAUAUUGGUUUCACUGGUAAUAAUAAUUGAAAUGGGUAUAUAUUUGUUUUUUGUUAAGUUGCCUAAUAAUUAUGCACAGUAAUAGUCACCUGCACACACAGAUAUCCCCCUAACAUAGCUAAAACUAAAAACAAACUAAAAACUACUUCCAAAAAUAUUCAGCUUGAUAUUAAUGAGUUUUUUGGGUUCAUUGAGAACAUGGUUGUUGUUCAAUAAUAAAAUUAAUCCUCAAAAAUACAACUUGCCUAAUAAUUCUGCACUCCCUGUAUAUAUACGCCUUUUUAAAUUGUCAAAUUAUAAAGCUAAACUGGAUAAUCUUCCCAACGUAACUAUUUUUGCCUAUAUUUUGCGGUUCAUUUGUGAAUUUACUACUGCACACUUUAAUUACAUAAGUAUAAGUUUGUAUGUUGUAGUUCAUUAGACUGUGCAUCUGAGUACAUGUACUUAAUCAUAAAGCACGUUUUAGUUUUGAUUAAACAAGCAAACAAAAACAUUACUAUUGAUGGCAUCCAACACACUAGUUUUCAGAAGUGAGAAUUGACAAAAAAAGACCGUCAGGGAAACUCCUGAUGUCUUGUAUACUUCGAGGUUUCCUAAUUAGAAUAGUAGCUACGAUCUCGGAGAAGUAAUCACACAGACACACACAGUGUAUUCAAACUACUGAUCUUUAAUGGGAGAGCAAAGGGUAUGUAUACAGCCUGAAGCAUUUUGUAACUAGUUUCAUAUAGCAUUCCUGUAAUUAAUCAGUCAUGCGACCUCAGAUCGUUAUUGCUUAGCAGGGUCCUUAGGUUUUGUGGAAGUAAAACAUUUACUAGGCUACGUGAAUUCCAUAUCUGCUGCAAGUACUUCUUAUCCUUGAAAAACUAUUGAAACUAGUAGUAGGAGACAAGAUGGAGGGGCAUAGGUUUCUAUCUUUCACAAGACUGCCAGACUUCUCCAUAAGCUAAUUUAGUCUUUGUUAUACCUUAUCAUAGAGAUGAAACUAUAGGGUUAAAAGGAUCCUCUAAUUUUGGUACAUUGUAGAAUAAUGAAAAAAAUAAGUAAAAACAAACAAAAGAAAAAAUGACUCCCCUUCAGUUUUUCUUGGUGCACAAUUUAGUAGGUCUGCCUGCAAUCCCCUUUCACAACAGGAGGGGCAUGAUUAUACCACAAGGUCUGCUCAACUGGAGUUUGAAGGGUGUAAGAACAGUUACACUGAUCACUUAGGAUGGGCAGUGUGAAUUUACUGGCAAAUCCUUGGCUUGAUUCUCCCAGAAGCAGAGAGCGUAGGACAAAAUUGACCCAAUCCUCUUGGGACUCCUGUACUGUUGAGUCUGAUUAACCUCUCUCUGGGCAGAUCUGCAAUAACAAGAUCCUGCAGUUCUAAGCCAGUCUUACCCAUUAGAGUUGGUUCAGAUUAUGCAAUGAAUCCUCAUCGUUGUAAUGUUGCUUUUAAAAGUAAAAAAGAAAAGUCAAAAUUGAUAAAUUGUAUUCUAAUAACGCAUGUAGGGCAGUUUGAAUCCAUGUGGUAACAGUAAGAACUUUCCCAGGGGGAUAUAACCUGUUUGAAUCAUUUUGGGCAGAUAUCUAUGGCCUAAGAAGACCGUGAAAUUCAAAAAGGCAAAUAACAGAUUCAUUGUAUCUUAUUGUCAAAUCUUUUAUUUCUAAUAGCUGUUUGGAUAUUUUUUCUUAUUGAAUGUAAAAGCUGGAGUGUUUGAUAAUAGUGGCUUUCUUUUUAGAUGUUUUUGAGUACACAGCAUACCCAGAGAUACCUGGCAGUGAGACCAUAGAGAAUGACUUUAACAUGAGCAGUAGUGCAGAACACGAUUUAGAAGCCCAAAGUAAGUUUAAUCCACAGCAUAUUAUUUCCUGCAUCUAAGUCUUUCUCCUUACAUCGAUGUUGAGGUAGUAAAGUAUACUUCAAUCCUCAAAUGAAGUUUUUGAUGAGUAACCAUUUCUUUUAUUGAACUUCUACAGUUUGAAAAGGAAUUGUACAUUUAAUGAAAGUGGGGAGGUGCGAGGGGCAAAUUAAAAGCAGAAUUAAAAUCAUCUGCUCCUUUUAUGAACCAUUUGUAGUUUCAACAGCUUAUUAAAGUACAUGCAAGACUGACCGGUUACUAUUCCAUUGAACCUGUGAACAUUGUAUAUUGGUGUUAAACAGGCAGAGCCUGCUGUGUGAAAGAACCCAAUACAUACAUUUCUGUUUUUUUUUCUUCUUUAAUGUUUUUGCUUUACCUUAAAACAUGUUUCUAGCAUAGUUCUGGGGAUGGACUUCUCACAUUUAGCACACUUGUUUCCCCCUCCCCUUUAAAAUAAUGCUGCGGUUAUUGUAAUUGCUUUCAGAGUUACCAAUAUGUACAGAAAGUCUAGCAACUGUGGAUGUCUUGGAUAAUGUGUGCACAAGUGAUGUUGAUGAGCCAGAAGGCCAUGAUGUCAUUCACAGUCAAGGUGAGCUGCUUUGAUUUUAUUGCCCCUUAUGUUAAUUACUUUACUUUACCCUUAGUGUUUACUCCUUCAAUGUUAGAUAUACUAGUCUGCCAGUAAUGAAAGUAUUUAGAAAAUUGGUCAGACUAGAUGGUUCUUAUAUUCCGUCACAUUCUGUUUUUUUUUGUUUGUUUUUUAUAUUUAAUUUUUUAUAAAAGCACUGCAGUUAUUUUUUUGUACAAUAUUCAACUGUAAUUUUUUUUCAGGUGUAGAAGUAUGCAUUGAGAGCCCAGUACCAGUUGAUAGUGCUGACAAUAUGUACAUUGGUGAUGACUCUGAUCCAGAAGGUGGGGACCUUGAAGGAGCAGAUAAUCAAGGUCAGUUUAGUUAUAUACGGUUAUUUUGUGUGUUUUGUCACACUCCCCAACAAUGCAGGGUUUAAGAGAGUCUUUGCAAUUUUCUGACCCUUAAUCUGUGAAAUUCCAUUGGAUUCGUUUUUGAGAAUGCAUGAUAGCCUAUAAAGUUGAUAGACUUAUGCAAAGCAUCCUCAACUUGCAAUUAUGCAAUGUUGUGAUGGUGCAUAGAGUGAAUCUUAACCCCUUAAUGACGAGUGAUGGACGAGGUCCGUCACUGAGGGGAAACCCUUAACGACGAGUGAUGGACCUAGUCCGUCACGCGGUAAAAUUAACCCCAGAUCGCGGGGUUAAUGGUGCUCCGGUCUGCCUCUGUAUUAGAGGAAGACCGGGAGCACCCGAUCGCGCUGCCCCAGCACCGAUGCUCGCUCUGACAGGCUGUCAGAGCGAGAACGUGCUCAGUAUACUCAUCUUCUGCCUCCCUGCACUUUCUGUUUCUGUGUGAAGUGUAGGAAGACGGAUCAUCACUGAUCUUGUCCCUGUUAGAAAAAAAAGUUAAUUUAAAAUCCCACCCUCCUUUACCCAUUUUAAUAAAAAUUAACCCCUUCCCUGCCAAUUGAUCAAUGACUACAGUGAUCAAUUGGCAGGGAUUACAUUUUACUAUGAUCUGUUUUUUUUUUUUUUUUUUUAACCCUCAGGUUAAAUUUAUUUUAUUACUUAAUUUAAGUAUUUUAAAAUUAUAAAUUUAGCUAGCUGGGGUGGGUGGAAGUUAGUGGGGAAUUGGGGCAUUUGGUGUUAGGCUAACUAGGGGUUUAAAGUUAAAAAAAAAAAAGUUUUAAAAUAAGCUUUAAAAAGUUCAAAAUUAAGUUAAAAAAAAGUUUUAAUAACGUUUAAGUAAAAAAACGCUUAUUACCACUACACCUGGUACAAGCUAGCGGAAAAAUUAUCCCACGCUAAGGUUCAAAAUAUACCUUUUGAAAUACCCUGGGGUGUCUACUUUAAGAAAUAGUAGGCCUUUGUGGGGUAGUGUGAAUUUAAAACCUGCGAAGAUGCUUGGAAAUUGCACAUAGGCCCAACGUCAAAAUUCAAAGUUCAGUAAAAACUGUUCUGGCUUGGUCUACUAUAUGGCACUGUAGCUUCAUGAAUUAGUGCCAAAGACAUUAAUUGGGGGUGUCUUUUUACUCAGAAGACUUAGCUGAGCAUAAUUUGGGGGGUUUGAACUUAGUGGCACAUAUGAAAUAUACAAAAUACCCAGCAAAAAUGCAAUCCAUAUGUAAAAAAAAAAAAAUGCACAAAAUAAUUUUUUACCACAUACUUUGGCAUAUAUUGGUGAAAAAAUGGGGGCAUGUUAAGGCACAAUAUGCACCUUAUGAGAUACCCUGGAGUGUCAACUUUUACAAAUGGUAGGCCGCUCUACGAGGACGUGCUGAUUGGCCAAAACUGCAUUUGGCCCCAUCCCCUGCCGAUUUUAAGCCAAUCCAGUGCUUUACCAUAGGGAAAGAAUUGGAUUGGCUUAAAAUCGGCAAGCCUGAUGAUGUCACCAUGGGGGGUGGGGAAAUGAGGUGAGUUUUUUUUAUUUUUUUCUUCCUCCUUAACCCAUCCAUUAUUUUUUUUAAAAUUUUUUUUUGUUGCCCUCUGAGCUUGUUAAAUGGUCUAAUCAUAGGGUUUGAUUUGAUCUCCGCUCUAUCACAAGAGGGUGUGCCGAUUGUUGUAUUAAGGGAAGUAAUACUAAUAGUAAAGUUCUAGGGGAGGGGAAGACCCAAAAGAAUAAUGCCCAAUAGACCGUAGAUAUUUCUUGAAAAUGUAUAAUUUUCAAGAAAUAUCUAUGGUCUAAAAAGUUGGCAAAAUUAAGAGGCAUUCCUUACCCCCCCACCUAAAAAAACAAAACAAAGCCUAAUUCUUAUUUUCUUUACUCUACUGUUGAGCCUUUCAAUUGUAUAGAUUAGAUGUUAUUUUUUUUGGGGGGGGGGAGGAUGAUUCAGAAACAUGAGAGGUUUGAGAACAGUGGCCUGUCUUGACUUUCUUUUUAGAUAUCUUUGAGAUACCUGGCAGCGAGACCAUACAGAAUGACUUUAAUAUGAGCAGUAGUGCAGAACACGAUUCAGAAGACCAAAGUAAGUUUAAUCCACAGCAUAUUUCCUGCAUCCAAGUCUUUCUCCUCACAUCAGUGUUGAGGCAGUCAAGAAUAUUUCCAUGCUAAAAUUAAAGGACCACAAUAGUGCCAGGAAAACAAACUCGUUUAGUCCUUAGGUCCAUCCCACCCCCAGGAAGACAGCCACUAGAGGCUGGACUAACCCUGUAUGUAAAUAUAGCAGUUUCUCUGAAACUGCUAUGUUUACAGCUGCAGGGUUAAAACCUGGGGAACCUGGCACCCAGACCACUUCACUGAGCUGAACUGGUCUGGGUCACUAUAGUGGUCCUUUAAGCUUUUGAGAAGCAACCCUUUCUUAUAUUGAACUACUAUAGUUUGAAAAGGAAUUGGGCAUUUAAUCAAAGUGGGGAAAAUUUAUCUGAAAGCAAAACAAAAAGAAAAUCCCCUGCUGAUUUUAUAAACUCAUAUUUGUAGUUUCAGUAGCUUAUUGGAAAAGAACACGCGAGACAGAUCAAUCCAUUCCAUUAAACCUGUAAACUUUUUCCUUAGAUGUAAAAGAGGCUUUAAGAAAAGCAUAUGUCAAUAUAUGAAUUCUUCUCAGUUAAUGUUUUUGCAUUCCUUCAAACAUGUUUCUAGCAUAGUCUGGCAAUGGACUUCUCAUUUUCAGCAUAUUUUAAAGUGUUUUUUUUUUUUAAAUGUUUUUACAAGACCACAGUAGUUCUUUUUUGCACAAUAUUCAGCUCCUUAAUAAUUUUACUGUCAGAUGUAGAAAUAUGCACUGAGAGCCCAGCACCAGUUGAUAGCGCUGACAAUACGUACAUUGAUUAUGACUCUGAUCCAGAACCUGGGGACCUUGAAGGAGCAGGUAAUCAAGUUCAGUAUAUUUAUUUUAUUAUUUUUGUGUGUUUGUCCCACUCCCCAAUAAUGCAGGGUUUAAGGCAGACUUUUUACUAUUUUCUGACUCUUACUUAAUGAGAUUCUUUGGAUGUUUUGAGAGCCUUUAUGGUUGAUGGAAUAAUUAUUAUCCAAACUAAUGCUCAUGUGAUGGGGCCCUGCUAACCACAGAAGAGCAAAUUAAGAUUGUCCAGAAUCAGUUUCUAAAUGGUAGAAUAUGUGGCAAACUGUUCAGUUCACAGAUUGUUUCCUAGUGGGUAGUUUUUAUUUUAUGUUUUGAUAUAAUUAUUGACUAGUAAAUAUGCCAUCAUCAGAGAGUUGUGUUUUCUACUCUAUUAGGAAGGGACUACCUUAAAGGCACAAUGUUUUUUGGAACAGAUUUGAUAAGGUAGCCAGUUAGUCAUCACUGCACACAUUUUCCACAUGUUAUCAUUUUGAUAUUUUUGCAUCCAUUGACAAAAGUAUUUGGCAGGAAAUUUCAAACAAAAAUAUUCUCUAUCUGGAUAUCUGCUCUAUCAUCUUUGAGAACCUAUGAAUUAUGCACACACACCGAUUCUAAAAAGUAAUGUAAUGAUAAGUAUAUCUUUUUUGUUUUUAAAAACUCCCCCUGCAGUUUUAACCUUUAAUACAGAAUGUCCGGAGACGUUGAGCAACGUAGAAGAUAUGCACAAUACUGCUUUUUUUGAAAAGGAAACUUCUUCACAGGAAAGCUGGAAAAAUCAAGGUGCAUUAAUUUCUUGUGGUAUAAUGGAGUCAGUCUUGACUCUGUAUUGAUGGUAUUUUUUUACAUAUUAUCUGUUUUAUUUUGUAUAUUGGGCUUUCAUUAUCUGUUGGGCUUUAUUAAUAUUUUCCAAAGUGCUGGUUAACCUAACCAAUUAGGUUAACAAAUACUACUCAAAGUAUGGACUUGGAUUCAUAGCACAAUAAAACAUAUGUCCACAACGAGGAGGACUAAUAUGAAUUGGAUGUGGGGAUUGGUGAUGCAAAAAGUGUUGGCGGUGGGGGGAGGGGAGGCAUAAUGUUAUUUUAAACAAAUUUUAUGGUGCCUCUUUUUAACAUCAGAAUAAUUGUUUACGUACAGAAUUGGCAGUAAAUACAGAGAGCCAAGCAGUGGAUAAAACGGACAAUGUCUUCACAAGUGAUGUUUGUGAUCCAGAAGCUGAUAAUCUAGAAAGAGUGGCCGAUCAACGUGAGUCAAUGCAUUUCUUAUAUAGUACCUGCAGCAUAUGUUUCUAUUAUGUUGAUUUAAAAGGUACAUGUCAUGCCAAAAAAUGUGCAUGAACAAAACUUUGCAUGGCAAUCUUUUAAAUGCCUUUUUGUUAUCUUCAAACUGAAGCUAGUCUAGUGACAAAACUGAGUGGCAGAGCUUAGCUGUGUUUAGAACACAAACCGCAAGUCUGACCUAUCUCUGCUGACCCCUUAUUUAAAGGUUAUAAAUGUCAUGGAGGGCAGACUUAAGGACAAGGGUGGUGAUUUUGGGGUGGGGAGGUGUUUAUGUCAAGCCAACGGUUGUCUAUUGGCAGUAUACUGUGCGUGCAUACAACAGACGCCAAACAUGCUAAGAACUCUUGCACUGGGCUGGCUAAUGACACUCCAAUGAUACUACCACAAAUGGAGUUAUGCCUCUGGCAGCAGAGGGGUUAAGCACUGCACAUACAAACUCCAAGCACCACCACGACUUCAAAUCAGUGAAGUGGUCAUGGUGCUUUGAGUAAACCUUUAAUCAGGUUUCCCUUUUUUUUUAAUAUCAGAAUAAUAUGUGUUAACUUACAGAAUCGGCAAUAAAUACAGAGAGCCCAGCAACAGUGGAUAAGAUGUACAAUGUUUUCACACAUGAUGUCUGUGAGCCAGAAGCUGAUAAUCUAGAAAGCAUGGUUGAUCAACGUGAGUCAAUGCAUUUCUUUUAUAGUCCCUCCAGUAAAUGUUUCCAUUGUACUGAUUUGAAAGGUACCUGUCAUGACAAAUACAAUAUAAUCCUAAUUGAUAGAUAAUCGAUUUUCAGCUAUAAAUUGUGCUAGCAGAAUUGUUAGCAAAUAUCUAAAAUAUUUUCAUUUAAAAUCAGAGGCUAAAAACAGCCUUUUACCCCUCUCCUCAGGCUGUGCAGAGCCUAUGCCGAUCAACACAGAGAUAAAAAGGUUGUGCACUGCAUGUCUGUUAUCAGGGAAACUCCCCAUGGCAUCUCUCCUGCUUGAAUUCAGCUUAAAGAAAGUAAAGAAAGAAAAGCAAUGACCACAGGGGAAGUACGGAGGUGGGGCAGGCUCUGUGUUAGAUUAGCAUUGGAGAAAGGAGAGAAACCAUCAGAAUAAUUUAUUACAGCACUGUUGGACAGACAAUCUCAGAAUGGACAGAGAGAACAGAUACAUUUUAUUUUCAAAAAGCCAACAUGAAAUGUAGGAGACUCUUAACCUGUUAUGGGAAGCAAGACACCUACUGAAAACAUGAUUAAUGACCUCAGUAGGUGACACUGAUAUUAAAUUAGGAGCUUUCAAUCAUUUUAAGAAAAACUUAAUUGUACAACAUGAGCCAAGCCAGAUGGUUAGAAAAUAAUGCAAUCUUGUAUCUGUCAAGACCAGUUCACUUUAAGCAUUACCUACACUUACUAUAUGCCAAUCUCAACUGUGAAACUAUUCACUUCCAGACCAGCCUGUGUGUUCAGUACCUCAAGCUGAAGUGGACAACACUCACCGUGUGCACAUAAAUUAUAUCUGCGAUCCAGACACUGGUAAUCUAGAAAGCGUUGCUAAUCAAGGUGAGUGUAGUUUUGUGUGUUUUUUCUCACAAAUUGUAGGAAUAGUAGCACAGUAGGACUCUUUAAAAUGGGGAAUAUGUUAAAUUAUUAGACUGUUCAUUAUGGUCACAAAAGAGCCAAACAGUGAGCAGGCUGAGCUUUAUUUUCUUUUUCCUCUUUUUUUUUUUUUUUUUGUCAUCUCUUUUUGGACACUCCAAUCACUUAACACUGUAGUAGUGCUGGUUCUGUGAAACGGACUCUAAACUUUUUUAAUCCUACCGAUAUUCAUUUUAGUGAACUCUUCAGCACUCACUCAGAUCUCACCCCUUCAGCUUCCCUCUGAAGCCAUUUAUUAAAAGCAUAGCUUUGCCAUUUAGCUUUACAGUAGCUGUUCUGUGGUGCAUGCACAGAGCACUGUCCGUGUCUGACUCUGCACUGGGACCCGGAGUCUGGAGUGCCCACAGAGUUCACUAAACUUAAAUGAUUCCUGUCAUCCCAAACUAUUUAUACCCUUUUAAAAGGCAUGGAAUUUCUUCUUUACAUUGUGCUAGCAAAUGUACAGAUUGUGAAAACCUGUCUAAAAAUACAAACACAGAGUAGGUCCUCUUUCACUCACAACAUAGCAGCCACAGUGCUCUACGAUUGUCAAACAGGUUUUCCUUGCAUUAAGAGGAAGCUUCACCAAGCAGGGCAAAUCAAAAGGAAAAACAGGGACUUAAACAAAAACACCCAUGUAGAUGAAUUGCGAAAUGGGGUUGAAUAUAUCUUGAUAUUUUGGCUGCGGCGCACUUUUCUAUCUGUGUGAUCCUGAAGUAUUCGAAAUCAAUAUAAGGGUGAUUUAAGGUAAUUACAUUUUUCAUUAAGAGGUUCACUUUAACCCCUUAGGACCGAGGGCGGUUCAGGACCCGUCAUCGGCAUUUUACCUUGCCGACCCGGAAGUGGCCGGUCCCUGGGCAAGUAGCGGGAAUCUGAAAUUGCUUUACCUGAUACAUGCGUUCCCCGGCGGCGAUCAGUGUUCCGGUUGUGGGGAGACUGCCUGCAGCCCAGACAGUCUCCCCGCGGCAGAUUAGGACCCUGUGGCCGUAUGAUGCGCUUAACACAGCGAUCACAUGGUCACAAUAGGUGUCCAUAUUGCUUGCCUGCAGGGGGAUGCCUGUGCUGACAGGCAGUCUCCUGCAACUGUAAAUCAGAAAAAAUUAAAGUUAAUGGUAAUAAAAAAAAAAUAAUAAUAAUUAUAUAUGUAUAAAUAUGAUAUAUAGACAUAUAUUAUAUCUAUAUAAUAUAUGUCUAUAUAUCAUAUAUAUAUAAUGUCAUACUAAGUGUAUAUUUUUAUAUUAAUAUGUACUUAUAUUAAUAUAUAAAAUACACUUAUAAAUUACCGAUAUAUUAUAUAUAUAUAAUAACUAUAUAUAUUGUAUAUAUAUAUAUUAUUAUAAAAUAUAAAUAAUAAGUAAUUUAAAUUAAAUAAAAAUUUUUUAAAAUAAUAAUAAAAAAUUAAAAAAAAAUUAUAUAGCUAUAUGAAAUUUUAUUCUAACUGUAUUUUAAAAUUAAUAUAUAUAUAUAUAUCAAAAUACACUUAGAAUGAAUUUGUAUAUAUAUCUAUGUAUAUAAAAAUAAAUAAAAAUAAUAAGAAAUAUACAUACGUCCAUAUACAAAAUUACAUGAAUAAUUAUAUAAAUAUACACGUUGACUUCAAAUAUAUAAAUAUGCAUAUAUAUUUAAAUUCUACGUGCGUAUUUAUGUAAUAUUUUUACAUAAUUCAGUAAUUUUAUUGAUUGCAAUUUGAGGGACCUGCCUACCAACCCAGGCCGAAAUUCAAGAGAAUUUAAUUUGCUAGCACUGUAUUUUACCCUGUAACGUUCUACGACACCCUAAAACCUGUACAUGGGGGGUACUGUUUUACUCGGGAGACUUCGCUGAACACAAAUAUUAGUUAUUCACAACAGUAAAACAUAUCACAGCGAUGAUAUUGUCAGUGAAAGUUACUUUUUUUGCAUUUUUCACACACAAACAGCACUUUUACUGAUGAUAUAAUUGUUGUGAUACGUUUUCAGUUUUUAAACACUAAUAUUUGUGUUCAGCUAUGUCUCCCGAGUAAAACAGUACCCCCCAUGUACAGGUUUUAUAGCAUUUUUGAAAGUUACAAGGUCAAAUAUAUGGGUCAAAUAUUUUACAUUGAAAAUGGCCAGGUUGGUUACGUUGCCUUUGAGAGCGUAUGGUAGCCCAGGAAUGAGAAUUACCCCCAUGAUGGCAUACCAUUUGCAAAAGAAGACAACCCAAGGUAUUGCAAAUGGGGUAUGUCCAGUCUUUUUUAGUAACCACCUGGUCACAAACACUGGCCAAAAUUAGCGUUCAAUUUAGUUUUUUUACUUUUUUCACACACAAACAAAUAUGAAUGCUUACUUUGGCCAGUGUUUUCGACUAAGUGGCUACUAAAAAAGACUGGACAUACCCCAUAUUGAAUACCCUGGGUUGUCUACUUUAAAAAAAAUAUGUACAUGUGGGGUGUUAUUCAGAGAUUUAUGACAGAUAAUAGUGUUACAAUGUCACUAUUGAUAAAUUUUAAAAAUGUAUGUUUUGAAACCGCAAUAUCCUACUUGUACCUAUAGCCCUAUAACAUGCAAAAAAAAGCAAAAAAGCACGUAAACACUAGGUAUUUUUAAACUCAGGACAAAAUUUUGAAUCUAUUUAGCAGUUUUUUUCAUUCGCUUUUGUAGAUGAGUAAAAGAUUUUUCAAGUAAAAGUCAAAAAACAUGUAUUUUUUUCAAUUUUUCAUCAGAUUUUUGUAUUUUUUUUAAAUUAAAAUACAUGAGAUUAUAUAAAUAAUGGUAUGUAAAGAAAGCCCAUUUUGUCCUGAAAAAAACAAUAUAUAAUUUGUAUGGGAACAGUAAAUGAGAAAGCGGAAAAUUACAGCCAAACACAAACACCACAAAAGUGUAAAAAUAUUCCUGGUCGCAAAUGUACAACAUCGCAAAAACAGUCCAGUCCUUAAGGGGUUAAAGGGUCACUCUAAGCUCCUCAUAAAAACCUUGCAUACUACCAAAAGUGAAGGUAUACAGAUUGCUCAGAGCUUUCUCUCAACACCUGACUGUGUCUAAGAAGCAGUUUGGAAAAAAUCGCAUCCAGUCUAGGCCUACUCCCUGGAGCGGUCUGGCAGGAGUUCUGGGUUUUUGUUUUAACUACCCGGAAAACAUUGACUAUUUUAUUUAGAUUUUUUUUUUUUUUUAUCCUACUUCUUCUGCAAUGGCAUUUUUCUGUAUACAGAAGGUUUGACAUUGAAUUCUUUUUCCUAAUAUUCUUUAUUAGAAUGAUUGCAGUCAGGGCUUAAAUUUACUUUUGGUUCCUUUUUCUAACUCUAUGAAACCAAAAUAUAUGCUACAGUUUCCUACCUUGAAAUAGCUUUCUAGAACUAUACUACGAAAGCAAAUUCAAUAACUUAAUUUACUUUUAGACUUGAGCACAGAAAGCCCAGCAGCUGUGGUUGGCACGGACACUGUGUAUUCGAGCAAUGCCUAUGAUUCUGAAUAUGGUAACAUAGAACAAGCAGAUAAUCCAGACUUGCCAAUGUGUACUGAAAACCCUGCAUCAUUUGAUGAUACUUUAUACGCGAGUGAUGUGUGUAUUGCAGUUACUGGUGUGGAUUGUAAAGGUUAGUUCACUUUAAAGCAUUUCUGCUCUUGCAUGAAUUCACAUUGUGCCACAACAAUAGAGGUUUUAAAGAAAUCCAGCCUUGAGCUCAAGCAUUUUGUCAAACUUUAAAAUGCAUUGAUUUACAGUUGGUUAAAUUCACUACUCCCUUUUUUUUAUACAUAUUUAUUCUAAACAAAACUUUGCAUGGCAAUUUUUUAAAUGCCCUUUUAUUAUCUUCAAAGCUGAAGCCGGUCCCGUGAUAAAACUGAUUGGCAGAGCAUAGUUGUGUUAAGAACACAAACAUCAAGUUCUCCCUCAUGCUGACCUUUCUCUGCUGAUAUCACUCUCCAUUAUUAAAGGGGAAUAAUGUCUGGGAGGGCAGAUUUAGCCCCUUAAUGACAGAACUUCUGGAAUAAAAGGGAAUCGUGACAGAAUAUUUCCAUCAUGGGGUUAAUGAAGGACAAGGGGGGAUCAUGCCAAACAAUCGGCUGCCUGUCGUCAGUAGACUGUACGUGCAGACAGACGCCAAACAUGCACAGAACUGAGAUUGUACAGCUGAGAACUCUUGCACUAGGCUGGUUAAUGACUCUACCAGAGUGCGAGUUAUACUGGUGGCAGCAGAAGGGUAUAACUGUGUACACGCAGCACUUCAUAGGGAAACGCUGCUCAUACAGACACCAAGCACCACCAUGACUUCAAAUCAGUGAAGCGCUCAUGGUGGCUUGAGUAACACUUUAAGAAUAUUAGAAUGGAGAGGGAAGAGGGAUCAGAGACAGAUAAAUAUUAGUACCUCACAAUCCUGACUAUUCCAACACUAGAAAGCAACCCAAAGAUAAGUAACUAAGAAAACUUAACCUUUAAUAAAUUUAAUAUAAAUUUUUUUUAUAAAGUAUACAACUCGUAAUUAAUCAUAACAUGGUAGAUAACGCCAGACUAGCAAAACCAUCAAAUAAUGUGAAACAAGUAAGAAAAAUCGAAUUAAACGACCAAGCAAGCCGAAGCAGAAAGUAAAAGUAUACGUCUCUGGUAGACAAAUUAAAUGAACGAAAAAGAGACACUAACAACUAGUGGAAACAAAUGUAACAUAUGUGGUAACAAAUAAGUAUCUAUAAGGGUAAAACGCCUAAAAUAGAGCACAUCGAGGAGAGAAAGGUAAAUCGUAAUAAAGGGAAGGGAUAACUUAUAGCUCCAAGUUGUUCCCUAACGUGCCUUCGUGGGCACCCCUUAAAAAAUUCUGACUCCUACCCGUUCCCCCCCACAUCCACAUAGUUGUCUGAUAGUAAAAGAAAAUUAAAGUAAAUAAGGUGAAGGUAUAAUAAAACCAUAGAUUGGUGGCUUAUCUAUAGAGUCAUAAUAAGUUGCAGCAUCAUCCCUAAUCUAGCCGCCAACCACUACACUAAACUGUCCCGAUGUUCGUUUCGCCAAAUAAUGGCUCUUCCAGAGGAGACGAGUCAUGGAUGUCGGAGGUUUAAAUCUCCUGCCACACAAGACGACUGGUGGAAUAAAACACCAACCAGAUUGGGGAGGAAUGAAGGUAACUCUUAACCCUUUGUGAGAUGUGCAUGAUCAUUUUGCAUUGGUGGUAAUAUAAAAAUCAAUAAAGGAAUCAAUAGCAAAUCUGCCAGAGUUGUAUCGACAGUCAGUAUUAUUUAUUUAUAAAAUAUUUUACCAGGAAAGAUACAUUGAGAUUUCUCUCGUUUUUAAGUAUGUCCUAGGUCCACAAAUCAUUGCAUUGUUACAUUAGGGUACAAUAAAAUACAAAAACAAUAUUAAUACACAUUAUAUACAAAAUUUAACAGAUAGGAAAUAUAUAAUCAACCAUAACACGUGCAUUCUGUAUUGAGGUAUGUAGAUAGGGAUCUCUUAAAGGACUUUAGGCUUAGGGAAGAUUUUAAAUUGUGUGGGAGGUCAUUCCACAAUUGCGGCACUCUGUAGGAGGAGGAGGAUCGGGCUGCUUUCUUUUUGUAUUGAGGUAGACUAAAUAAAGUAUUGGUACUGGAUCGGAGGUUAUAGGAGGUGUGAACAGCCGAGGAGAGCAUUUUGUUCAGGUAGGACGGGAGUUUCCCAGAAAAGCUCUUAAACACAAGGCUGGAAAGAUGAAGGAUGCGUCUGGAUUCUAGCGACAGCCAGUCUAGUUCUUUUAGCAUGUCACAAUGGUGGGUCCCUUAAUUACAUUGUAGCACAAAUCGGCAGAGCAAGUUAUAUAAUGUAUUGAGUUUAUUAAUGUUGGAUUGCGAUGCAGAUGCAUAUACUACAUCCCCAUAAUCAGUGAUUGGCAUCAUCAUUUGCUGUACAAUCUUUUCCUUUACUGUAGGGCUUAGGCAGGAUUUGUUUCUGUACAGGGCACCUAGUUUUGGAUAAAGUUUAGAUGCACGUUUUUUUUUUGUGGGUAUCUAAUCUAUACUGUAUUAUUUAGUUUAAUCCUUAGUAGAAAAGCGCAUAAAAUUGUAAAAUAAGCGUAAAGCAUGAGAAUGGUAAUAAAGGUAAUGGUAAACAGCACUUUUCAUGGAGGGGGCAGCUUGUGCAUAAUGACUUCAUUUAAAAUCCAAGGCUGAAAGCAGCCCUUUACCCCUCUCCUCAGUCUGUGCUAAAUCUAUGCCGAUCAGCACAGAGAUGAAAAGGUUGUGCGCUGCAUGUCUGUUAUCAGGGAAACUCCUCCCGGCAUCUCCCCUGCAUGUAUUCAACUUAAAGAAAAGCAAUGACCACAAGGGGAAGUAGAGAGGAGGCGCAGGCUUUGUGUGAGAGUAGCAUUAGAGAAAGGAGAGAGAUUUAUUGCAGCACCAUUGGACAGACAAUCUCAAAAUGGACAAUCUCUUAACCUGUUAUGGGAAGCAAGACACCUACCCAAGACACCGCCGGUAGGUGUCUUGCUUCCCAUAACAGGUUAAGAGUCCCCAACAUUUUAUAUUGACCUUUUGGAAAUAAAAUGCAUCGGUUCUCUCUCCAUUCUGAGAUUCUGCCCAGUGGUGCUGUAAUAAAUUAUAACAUGAUUGAUUGAUUGCCCUCAGCAGGUGACACGGUAAUGUAAACAAAAUAUGUGCUUUUAAUAAUUUUUAGGGAAGAAAAACUGAAUUAAAUAACACGAGCCAAGCCAGAUGGUUAGAAAAAAAAACUGCAAACCUAUCGCUGUCAUGACUGGUUAACUUUUAAGCUUUUUCUACACUUACUGUAUGCACAUACAGACGCCAAGCACCACCACGAUGUCAAAUCAGUGAAGUGGUCAUGGUGCUUUGACUAGCCCUUUAAGCAUGUCUCAUGGUGCCUCUUUUUAACUUCAGAAUAAUUUGUAUUCACUUGCAGAAAUACCGGUGAAUACUGAAAGCCCAACAUCAUUGGAUAACUUGGACAGUGUUAGCACAAAUGGUGUCUGUGAGCCAGAAGCUGAUAAUCUAGAAAGUGUGUUUAAUCAAGGUGAAUCAAUACAUUUUAUUUAUAGUAGAACUACUGUUCCUCCAGUACACGUUUCCAUUGUAUAGAUUUAUGCAUUCCCUACACUUGUUUUAUUCCAUGUAAACAUUAUAUGAAACUAUUUACUUCCAGACCAGCCUGUGUGCUCAGUACCUCCAAAUGAAGUGGACAACACUGAUUGUGUGUGCACAAAUGAUGUCUGCAGUACAGACACUUGUAAUAUAGAAAGUGUUGCUAAUCAAGGUGCGUAGGUUCACGGUGUCUUUCAAUGUUUUAAGAAUGGCAGCACAGGUCACUGUUUGGAGUGAGUUUUUCAUUGUCACACAUCAACAUAAGUUUUAAAGAAGUCCAGACUCGAGGCUUCAGAAUUUUGUCAAAUUUAAGAUAGUUUGAUGGUUACAUUUUGUUUUUAUUUUAUGUGCAUUGUGAAUUACAAGCACAAAAUGUACAUUAACAAAACUUUGCAUAAUAUUUUUUUUUUUUUACCUUUUAUUUUUUUCUUCAAAGCUGCAGCUGAUCCAGAGACUAAACAUAUUUCCAGAGUUUAGCUGUAUUAGGAACGCAAAUGGCAUUAACUGUAGGAUUCCCUAACAAUAUAUUUCACACAGAUAACCAUCCUUGAAGUGUAAAGUUUAUCUCAUGUGCUUGCUUUCCUCUGCUCACUUGUAAUAUGCCAUGAUGCUACUAAACCAAGCUAAAGACGUUCAUGUAGUUCUCAUUACUACAUGUUUGCCUGGGUAUCCUCUUAUUCUAAUCCAGGUUACUUGGCCUCCAGUAGUACAGAUCACUCAGUGCGGUCAAUGGCUGAGCUGUGUACAUACAUUAAGUAAUUCAUUUAACAGUAUGUUUGUCGAUAGGCAGGUGUAUGGUGCAAAAAGAAAAUAGGCAACAAAUAAUCACAAAUUAAUAGCAAUAUUUACUUUGGAGUGAAAGACUGUAUACACCCUACAGCAGGGGCUCAUAGUACAUCUUGCACUAAGGGACUUGUCAUAAAGAGAUUUUCAAUGCACACCAUCAUUUUACCUUCAUUGACUUACUAGUUCUCAUGGUCUCUCAUAUGGGAAUCACAAUUUUAAUAUGCUAUGGCAAACUGAUUGAAAAAGCAUAUGACUGCCUAGGGCACUGGGUUUCAGUAAUGGGAAUCUGUAUUACCUUGGUAAAGAAAAAAAGCUGACCAAAGGUUGGAAACAAAGGUUUUACUUUGCUUACAGCUAAAUAACAUAAGAGAUGCUUACCUGUGAGAGACAGUCUUGUAACUUGCUCUGCAAAAGGUGAUGAUCAGUUAAUGCCUAUUUGUGUUUGCAGGCACAUUGUGUCCUGUACCGGAGCUUGGCACAGACUCUUUGUACAUGAGUGAGCUUUAUGAGCCAGAAGCUGAUGAUCUGGAAAAUGUGGAUAAUGAAGGUGAGCCCUACAUUUACCUCACUAUUAAUCUAAACGUGUUUUUGGUGUGCUGGUCUGCUAAAUAAAGUGUGAGACCCACUACAAUAAAACUUGAAUGGGCUAUUACUUUUUAUUUACUGACCCAAAAAUAUUUCUGCCAUGAAUCAUACCAGUUUCUGACUCCCUCUUACCCCAUACUCUCUUCCUGGCUUAUUAACCUUUUUCCAAUUUUUAUUUACUCAUUGUCCCCUAUACUCUCUCCAACCCCAUCCCUUUUAUUCCCAUUUUCAACUUUUAUCACACUAAUUCUCUGCCAGUUUAUAAGCCUCUAUUCCCUCUUUUCUAACAUUCUAACCUUUCCAGGUUCAGCCAUUCCUUCUCACUGUCUUGUCUCCUGCUUGCCUGUCAUAGCAGAAAAGAACUUGGGUGCACACCAAGAAAAUGGAUCAGCUUGA